AUGAAAGAAUCGGACGUAACUAGAAGAGGAGACUCAGUAAAUGAAGUUGCUCAUUCAAAGGGUAACUGGUAUGCGUAUGAAAGGGAGGAAGGUAUGGAGGAAGGAUCAAGAAUGUGUUGUGAAUGUAUAUGUGUGUGCAAAUAAGUCAUUUCCAUGAAAUUUUGUGGGUCUCCAUCUGAAUGCACAUAAAUUACGAGAGAGAGGGGAGGGGUAUUAUUGCAAACCUAGUGUUAUAUUAACCAUAAUUCUUGUCAUGUCAUUGAUAAAGCAAAGCUAUUUUCUUUGAAAGCUAACAGUUUCCUGCCUCUCCCCUCUCUGCCCUUUUUAUAGGAUGUUGUUAAAUUAGCCAUCAAAGCUGCCAUUCCUCUUGUGAUAGAUUUCCAGCGCCCUACCACUAAGAACUCUUGCCAAUGCAAUCAUUUUAAGAAUGAAUUUCCGAUCCUUCUUAGAAACAUCUAAUAAUAAAAAGAGAAAGAUUAAGCAGAUCCAGAUUUAAGUCGGGGCCAGGGAUUUCUUUAAUAGGCCUGGCAGUUGAGAAAUUGGAAGCGAAGAAGACCUGUUCGUUGAAAGCAAGUGUGUUCAGCUGUGCUUAGCUAUCUCCUUUUCACCAUUUUGAACAAGAGCACACCAGCUGCACUUACAGUCCGUCCAGUCAACCACAGAGGUGCAAAUGAUAAAAAGUGAUCAUGACAAGCCAAUUUUCAUCAUAAUAAUUAAAAAACCGGCUGCAUCCUCACAGGAUUUUGUUGGAACCUUUCGUAGCAAAACAACUCCAUCCAGAAUCACCAUUAAACAGCAUGCAUGUGUCUAGACAUCUGCCAAAUGGAAUCAAGAUCUUUUUCUAUGAAUAUUGUAGGAACAACAAAGAAUCAUCAGAGUCUCACCAGUGCUUAGCUGGGACGCGGGUGGCGCUGUGGGUUAAACCACAGAGCCUAGGACUCGCUGAUCAGAAGGUCGGCGGUUCAAAUCCCUGCGACAGAGUGAGCUCCCGUUGCUCGGUCCCUGCUCCUUCCAACCUAGCAGUUUGAAAACACGUCAAAGUGCAAGUAGAUAAAUAGGUACCGCUCUGGCGGGAAGGUAAACGGUGUUUCCGUGCGCUGCUCCGGUUUGCCAGAAGCGGCUUAGUCAUGCUGGCCACAUGACCCGGAAGCUGUACGCCGGCUCCCUCGGCCAAUAAAGCGAGAUGAGCGCUGCAACCCCAGAGUCGGUCACGACUGGACCUAAUGGUCAGGGGUCCCUUUACCUUUACCUAUUUAUUUGUUAUAGAGAACUACCUGGAAGAUCCAAGCUAACAUUUAGACUGGUGCAAUCAAAUAAACAAAUGUUAUGAACAUUAGCUGCCUUAUACUAGUCCAGACUAUUUGCCCAUCAAGUGCAAUAUUGUUUGCUCUGACUGGCAGAAGCUCUGUAGGAUCUCAGGCAGAGGUUCUUUUCAUCUCACCAGCUGCUUGAACCUUUUAACUGGGAGUGCCAGAGGUUGAAGUUGAGACCACCUGCAUGCAAAGGAUGUAGCGAUAUGCUGUGGUGCUUUACUUGUCUCAGUUUGUCUGUGGACUUAGCUCACUCCUGAGCAGAAAGUUUUAAACAGUAACUGGCUAUGCACUGAAUGCAUUGAGUGUAUUACCCAAUCCCUUUGCUGCAGUACUGUUGCAAAGCAGGUUGAGAUGUUGGCACAAAGCACUCUGCUAUAAGGCACUAUCGCUGACAAUGACAAAUGUUGAGUCAUAACCAUUAGAACGUCUGGUGGACUCUCCCAAUUGUUUAGAAAUCCAUCAACCAACCAAUACAAAGCAAAAUGCUCUGGAUUCCCUUUUUGUGAUUGGAUAAUAGAGAUGUGGAUUCUUCUUCCUCCUCCAAUUUUGCAGAAAUAAAUUAGGUUGAUGGCUGGCACACCAGUUUGGUAUACAACUGAGGAUUUAGUGCAAGACAAUAUGUUCUCUCAGCUCUGCUUACACAAUGCAGCUGCGGCAUUCAAUGAGUGAUGCGGUUGAUUAAAUAUCUGCAUUCCAUAGACAUAUCCCUAGGAUUUAUACUGCGCCAAGGCAUUUCUCAUAUUUAUAGCUGAUACAGAAUCAGGUCAUGAAGCAAAUAGUCUUUCCUUGGCUCGCUUCCAGCAAAUUACCCUGGCACCAAUUGCUGUGCUUCAUAAAUUAUAUCUCAUCCAUCACCUGCAAAAAUGCAUUUGCUGACCUGCUUCCUAUAGUUUAGUCUGACUAGAAAAUCCUGGCCAAGCAAACAGACUGCACUCCUAAGCAACUUUCUUGGUAAUAAGGCCCAUGGAAGUCAGUGACAGUUUUCAUUGAGACCUCAGCAGGGAACUCUUCCCUCUUGAGUUGUGAUCUUCAUGCAGUCUUCCCAUCGGGCAUUGCAGGGCACAAUGGGUGCAGGCACACUGGGCACCAUGCUCCAGGGGGCAACAAAACAAUGAUAUAGAAUGGAGCAUGAGGGGCAAGGGGGCAAAUUUUAGUGUCGCACAGGGCGUCAUUGAGUCCAAGGUCCGUCACUGCUCCCACCCCACUUCACUUGACAUAGGAGAAUAGUAGGCAGAGUUGUGUAGGGAAGGGGAAAGCUGAAUCCCAGAAGCUGCAGAUGGAGGAAUAUGUCUUGCUCUGUACUGAAUCUAAGCAGGACUUUGGAACUUCUCUGGAAACCAAAGUGGAAGCAAGAUCUGUUGAGGUGCUAACACUAUGAUACCCUCCAUCCUAUGCUCAGGUUGUACAUAAGUAUAAAUAAAAUCAUAUAUCCUGAAGAUAUGUGGUCAAUAUCUCUAUUGACCUUCAUUAUAAUGAAACCAAACUCUGGAAAAGCACUUGGAUCCCCGCUUAGAGCCUGGGGUAGCACAUAACAGUAUUAUUCACAUAUAUAGCUGCAAUUUCUAGAGAAUGAGCCCCUCACAGUUUGUUUUUCCAGUAGUGCGCACUCAGUUGCAAUAGUGGUCAAUAGUCCUAUAGAGCAACUUUGAGGUUUGCUGCUCUAACCAAUUUAUUUUCUUUGCCUUCUUUUCAUGUGUGCAUUGGGCCAGAAAGGGAAGACCCUCUAGAGAGGAAUAUGCUGAUACUGUGCAGGCUGAUCAAAAGACCUCAGAGGUCAGCAACAGCUUUUCCCACUAACUUCAGAGGGUUUUGCGUUAAGGCCAAAGAGCCGAAAGUGAAGCGAAUGUUCAUUUACAUUGUUUUAUGCCUUUGUGUUCGGGCUCAAUUGCAUUUACAACACCAGAAUUAUCUGCAUGUGAGCACAUUAUACUUGUACUCACAAGAAACAAGUCGCUGCCAAAAAAACCCAAAAAACCAUGGUUUUUCAAAGCUAAAUCUAAAGUUCUCACAUGGGCCCAUCAAAACACCAGCCAAAUACUUAGCACCCACAUCUUUUGUCACAUUGCCUUUGAGACACACAUGCUCAGUCUUACAUGUAUUCCAAAAGUGCUACGUUCGUAACGUACAGCACUUUAGAACUGAGUGGGAUACUUUUAUGAGCUGCUAAAUGUAAUGCAGAGAGUUUUACAUUGUCAGUUGGGGCCGUUCUGGAACAAGUGUCAGGUGUCAGAAAUUUGUUCAAAGAGGAAAAAAUUCGGCAAGAAUAGGCCUGUGUACAAGGUGAAGCCAAGAAACAUGAAUGGAGAUUUGGCGGAUGAAACAAAAAUGACAGGCUGAGAGAGACCCGGUGGAAAGAAAAUUGGCCAGUAACUAAGCAAAGGGGACUUGGCAAGCGUUGUGCAACAUUCCCUGCUGGAAAACCCAUGAGCUUCAGUUUGUCGUACACAUGCAUCAGAUUUCACAUAUCAAACCUUAUAUCCAUGGAAUUAUGUGUGACAGGAAGCGUCAUUCCAAGGAAGUGUAUAUUUUUACCCUCAUCUGGCUACAUGCCUAGCACAUGGUGAAUGAGUUUUGCAGAGCAGAAAACUGACCCUUAAAACUAGCAACUCCUAGAUGACAGGCAUUAUCCGACAAGGCACCAAAACACUUCAAAGCGGACUCACCGGGAUACUGUGGAAGCAACUCAUCACCCGUUCAUUCCCCUUCCUGGACUGCUUCCGUUUUACCCAGCCAAGCUUUGUUUUAGACUGAAUCCUGUCCACACUUACUUGGAAGUAAGCCCCACUGAAAUCAAUGGGAGUUACCUCUGUGGACUCACGCUUUUAACAUUUUUUUGCAGGGGGGAUAGUGCUGAUACUUGAGUACCCCCAGAAAAAGCAUUGUCCCUCUAUCACCUACAACUGAACUAGAUUAGAUGUGGUGUUAUCCGUGUCUUUAGAAUUAUUUUUUAAAAAAAACCAAAUAAAUAGCCAGACAAGCUGGAUUGGGACCACAGCAGGAAGGAAGGGGGCUUUAAGCUUUUGAGCCCACCAUGGUCCUGAGCCUUGUUCCAUUGGUUGGGAAUCACCCUUUUCUCUCUGUAGAUUUAUGUAGUCAAUAGCCUCUGACCUUUCACUAAGAGUUCUCUGAAAACUGUUGAAAAAUGUCAGCAACAGUGGACUAGCUAACUCGUUUUAUGGGGAAACACACAAGGAUGGAAGAAGGUGCAUUUACUGAAAAAUUGGGCCUGGUUCAAAGAGUAAUGGUUUCCCGACUUUUGAGAGGAUUCUGAGAAUGGUCUUUUAGAGAACACCAGUCCUUUCAAAAGAUCUAAGGGAAGAGGUCGUAUGCUGGUACUAGAGCAUGUGCUUUGUAGGAACACAGCUCCACCUUCAAUCCCCGGUAUUUCCAGUUUCAUUUUUGUUCUUUUGUGGUGGGAAAGAUCUCCUUCUGCCCAAUACUACAUUAUUUAUAAUGUAGGCGUGCAAUUAAAGCGCUGUAUGCUUCUACAAUACCAACACAAGAGCAAUCAGUAUCCCUGGAAGCUGUCUCUCAGAAGAGCCCAACAAUGCUUAGACCUGCCAUAUUCCAUGAGGCGCCAUUUUAAUUGUCCUGCAGUGACAUUAUGGUCACAUCCACACCAAACAUUUAAAGCAUAUGGCUGCCCCUGGAGAAUUCUGGGUAAUGUAGUUUGCCCCUCACAGAGGUGCAGUUCCCAACACCCUUAACAAAUUACAGUCCCCAGGAUUCUUUGGGGGGAGCCAUGUGUUUUAAAUGUAUGAUGGUGCUGGUGUGACUUAACAUUGGCCACUCCAGGGCAUUGUGGGAAAUUUCAGUGGCAACUCCCAGCCACCCUUGGAGUGCUGUGGCCACUGUCAGGUAAGCCCAUCGAUGGAAGAAGGCACUUGGCCAAGAACCCCCUCAAACCUAGAUACAUCUUGGCUGCUUUUCCUAUCGCAACAAAACACAAGGUAUUUUUCAAAGCAAGCCCAGAACUGGUUUUCUGCCUUUCAUCUAUAACGUUCUGUACCUUUAUCAGCAUAGUUAUGUACAUAAACUAUAUCAAAUGGACCUUUAGUUAAAAUGUGGCAGCUGGCUUAUGUCAAAGCCGAAUGAUUUUUUAUCUUUAAUCUCGCUGCUAGGACAGCUAGACUAGCACUUUUAAUGAUUCACGCAAGGCACGGAAAAAGUUGGCCUCUGGAGAAAAAACACCAAGAGGUACCAUUAAUCUAUUUUUAAAUAAAUGGGGAGGGGGGCGCGUUGUAAUAAGCGCUUUAAGCUGAAGAGGAAAGAUCCUGAGCUGGAAAAGAAUACCUAUGUCCUAGCCAAGCUCUUUGAACCCUGAAAAGGGUGUAUAUAAUAAUUUAUUGUGGAUUCCCCUCCCCUCCCCCCGCCCAAAGUCUGCCAAAAAGCAAAACUCUUUCACAAUCUUGCCCAUUUCAAAAGAGGAUUUUAAUAGUUGCUGAAACUGCAUAAAAGAAGGAAAUACUUGAAAUCACUUCUCCUUUCGAAAAGGAUUAUUAUGUUGCCACUGGGAAGGGCGAUGCACAGCUUGGAAUAGGCAACUUCCAUCAGGGCUAUGGUGCAAGGGAGAAAGAUUAGCUCCCUCCCUGCAUGCUACGGGGGUCCCAACCUUGCUACAAUAGGCAGUUACACAUUUUACCUAAUGUCUGGUUUGGCCCUGAUUUUUGAGAACUUGCCAUCUUGUGCAUUCACUUUCUAAGAGGCUACUGUUUUUCCUUUGAUCCCAUGGCUGGUCCUACUGGCAAUGUUUCUGGGGACAUGUCUUUCAGGCCUUUCCUUUUGUGCUUCUGGGUCCUCUGCUUUCUCACCUGGAGAGGCCUCCUGGUUGUUAGAAUCGAGAGAGGAGCAAGAUUGUUUUCUGCCACUCCAUAGGGUAGGACCUGAACGAAUGGAUUCAAAUUACGAGGAAUGAGAGUCCAAUUAAACAUUAGGAAGAACUUUCUGGUGGUAAGAGCUGUUCAACAGUGGAGGGAACUACUUCAUAAUGGAGUGGACUUUCAUUUGAGGUUUGUAAAAAGAGGUUGGAUGGCUAUCUGUCAGGGUUUCUUUAAGCUAUGUAAGUCUUACUAUAUGGAAAAGCACAUGAUCCUGACCUUUGAAGAGUUUGUAAGUAAACCAAUGUUUAACUUACCGAACGUGUGGGGUUUCUGUCUGUGGGAAAUUAUGGAAGGAACUAAGAAAGGCAUAUUUUAAAGGUCUAACAGCCUACAUUUCCACACUUUUCUUUGUUUUAUGUGAUUUUAAAUCUCUGCUGGGAUUCUCUCAACCAGAAAGUACUUGCCCCAAACCUGGAUCUUGGCAUCCAGGAAAUUCUCCUUUUAUGUGCCAAUUUUUCCUUGCCAACCAACAGAUACAACUAAGUCUAGUGCCAUCUAGUGAUCAAACCGUAUAAUGACACUAUCCACCCAAUACUUAUAACUUAUGUGGUUUUAAAAAAAAUAGUAUGACAUCAGGAUAUCAGGACUAAAAUAGCAUCUUACAUUGAGCACAUUUCAGUGCUAGGAUUCUUAAAUAUACUCUAUUCUGUCCAGGACCCAAGGAACCAUGCAAACAAUUCCAUGAGCCAAAAGAGGCUUUGGGCUUGUGUUUCCCCAAAAACAGUAUUAUAUGCUGCCUAGCAAGAUGCUUUUGAAACGGAAGGGACUUUUUAAAAACAGUUUGGGGUGUGACAUGGAGGCAGGGUCUGAUAAGGAGGGGUGAGAUCAAGACUUGUUAGUUGAUCUCUUAGAUUUGAAAGGAAUUGAUGAAUUAGUCAAUGCUGUCUUUCUUUUGCUGUUCUUAGAGUUAUGGGUUUUUUAAUAAAAACAUCUUUGACUUGUAUUUUAUUGUCUUGUUUUCAUAUUUUCUUGUUGUAAGCCACCUGGGGCCUUAUCAGCAAAGGGAAAUCUAUAAGACUGAUGACAGAUAAACAGACAGACAGAUAGAUAGGGCAGCUUUAUAUGUUCCUACAUGUGAGAUAAGUUACUGCAGACUUAUUUUCAAAAAUAUUUGACUUAUAUUUUUAUUGUCUUGUUUUUAUAUUUCAUUUUGUGAUCCACCUGGGGCCUUAUCAGUGAAGGGAGAUUUAUAAGACUGAUGACAGGCAGGCAGGCAGGCAGACAGAUAGGGCAGCUUCCUAUGUUCCUAUAUGUGAGCUAACUUACCACAGACUGCAUGCCAUGGGCCCUCAGGCACAAUUUUUACUAUCCCUGUUGAAAUAGAAUAUAUUUUCAGGUAGAGAGAAACUUAGAUAUGGAAGAUUAAAAAAAAAAAAUCAAGGCAAUGCCUAUUUUUCUGUAAUAGCCUACACGCAUUUAUUUAAACUCUCUUCUGCUAUCUCAAGCAAUUAGAUGUUUGGAUUAGCUGGAUAAGGGAGGUCACAGACAAUGCAUGAUGAAACUGGAACAGAUGCCCUGGAAGCAUAUUGUGCUCUGCUAACCUCUUGGUGCUCAUUUUCUCCCCCCCCCCCCCGCCUCUAGUUAGGAAUGUACAUUUGUUUCAGCCUGGUCAGUGCUGGCGAUGCUUUUCAUGUGCACGGGAAUCAUCCAAAUGAACUGUAGACAGUCUGUUCCUUUGGGUCUUUAUUGCAUUUCGGCUGAUGUGUCAGAAGCACGUCUCACAAGCAGCAUUAUAUAGUACAAAUGCAAUGUACCAUAUCAUGGAUGAGGGGCGGGGAAUUAAGAUUAAUCCAGAUAAGGUCGGGAUUAUGAUAGUGGUGGUGGGGAACCCGCCAGGCUGGCUAGCAAGGGAAAUAUUGGUCCUGGAAAUAAUCAGUCCUAUCUGUUAAGGUAUGUGUCCCAAACAAUUAAACCCCUGUGUUGCAAACAAUUACUUUAUGACCACUGCUCCAUAGCAACUGUUGUUGUACAAUUCCAUUCACCAUAUAGAUGGGUUUAUGAAGCAUUUCUGUAUCCUUCUGCUGUGCUGAAGAAGAAUGCCACGAAACAGUGGGUAUAUCCAGAAUCACUGUUCACUACAUCUGUUUGCAGACCACUUCGGCAGCAUUGGACGUCAUAAAACAAAGCUUUUCAGCUUGUUUUCACCAGAUAAGAAUCUGAUCCAUUGCUUCUUUCAGAGACUUGCAUAUUCUAUAAUAAUAAUAAUAAUAAUAAUAAUAAUUUAUUAUUUAUACCCCGCCCAUCUGGCUGGGCUUCCCCAGCCACUCUGGGCGGCUUCCCAAAGAAUAUUAAAAUACUAUAAUACAUCAAACAUUAAAAGCUUCCCUAAACAGGGCUGCCUUUAGAUGUCUUCUAAAAGCCUGGUAGUUGUUGUUCUCUUUGACAUCUGGUGGGAGGGUGUUCCACAGGGAAGGCGCCACUACCGAGAAGGCCCUCUGCCUGGUUCCCUGUAACUUGGCUUCUCGCAGUGAGGGAACCGCCAGAAGGCCCUCGGUGCUGGACCUCAGUGUCCGGGUAGAACGAUGGGGGUGGAGACGCUCCUUCUACAAAGAUUUUCAAUGACUUAUAUGUUUUCAAGAGAAUCCAUCCAGAGUGCAUAAUUUGUGACUUCCAGAGAUUUAUAAGAUUUCUGUUUAUCUGGUUUUGCAGAGAGUGCAUAUUUCAUAUAUUUCAUACUGUUCAAUGUUCUGUAUAGAUUAUAUACAGAGCUUAUAUUGACAUCGCAUUGUUGUACUUGGUCAUCGUGUUGCCUUUGAUAUCACUGGAGGUAUGUGUCCCAGCACGUGGGAUGGAACACAAGACCCAUCAGACCCAAACAACAUGGCCACUGUUCAAGGAUGACGGAUGUUGUCAGGGCAGGCUCAGGACAUUUUGCAGCCUAAGCCAAGCAACAAAUGCCUCCCCCCCAGGCACCAGAUGGAGACACAGAGUUAUUUUUGCCACGGCCAUGUUAUUUCCUGAGGAAUAAAAUCCCACAAGCACCUCUUCCUAGUGGUAAAAAUACAAUAAUAAAUCAACUCUUUACUGCCCUUUUGAAACAUCCAGAAUCAGCUACCUGAAUCAGUCACUUCACUCUGCCUCAUGGUAGGGCUGGGGUUGGGAAUCCAAGAACUUCUGGAGGGCCACAGAUUCUUUAUUUGGGGGGGGUCACCUGGGGGAACUUUGGGGCCCAGCAAUGGCAAAGUGGCAGGUGAGGUCAUAAGAAGAGGAUCUGACCUAAGGCCCAUUUAGUCCAACAUUUUGUUGUCAUGGUAGUCAACCUAUGGGAAGCCCAUAGACAAUCCCUGCUUGUAACAGUAGAAGAAGAAGAAGAAGAGUUUGGAUUUGAUAUCCUGCUUUAUCACUACCCAAAGGAAUCUCAAAGCGACUAACAUUAUCCUUUCCCUUCCUCCCCCACAACAAACACUCUGUGAGGUGAGUGGGGCUGAGAGACUUCAAAGAAGUGUGACUAGCCCAAGGUCACCCAGCAGCUGCAUGUGGAGGAGCGGGGACGCGAACCCGGUUCCCCAGAUUACGAGUCUACUGCUCUUAACCACUACACCACACUGACUUGCGAUUUGCAGCAACUCAGAAGCAUACUGCCUCUAACUGUUGAGUGAGAACAUGGCCUCUCCAGGAAUUUGCAUAAGCGUCUUUUUCAGCUAUUCAGGUUGAUGGCCAUCACUACAUCUUGUGAGAGUAAAUAGUUUAAACUAGUUUGAACUGUGUGAAUAAGUGGUUCCUUUGCUCUAUCCAGGAGUGCCUUUGGCCAGCUUCAGUGUAGCCACUGCUGGCAAGACCUUUAUAUCAGUUGCUCCUUCCCAUUCCCCAAGGAACAUACUUGCCUCUUCUUUGAUGGCUUUUAGGGACUUGUUCACAUUUGAGCAUUGAGCUUUUUCUCCAUUUUCUCAGUUUCUCCACUUUUUCUCCAUUUCAGUUAGAAUGGAGAAGUCCAUAUCCACACAUAUUUGAAUUUUUAUACCAUGUUGUUCUCCAUUAACAAUGAUGUUACUUUUUCUAUUUUACUGGGGUCUGUCCAUAAAAUGCAAAUUUCAGUGGCAGAACAUCUGGGUGUUGCUUCAAGGAGCACUUCUGCAAAGGGCUUUCAGAAAGCUCUCCUGUUUGGGGCUACAGAGGUUCAUGCAGGAGCGUGGGGGUUGUCUGAAAGCCCUUUGCAAACUGCAAAAGAACACAGAAGCCAUUGCAUGUUCCCAGGUGUGGAAAAUAAGUAAGUAAAUGUGGAAUUCGUAUUGUAUUUCUUAUGUUGAUCCCCUUUUUGUUGGGCGUAUAUAAACCACUUAGAGGUUUCUGCUAAAAUAGGAAGCAGAAUAUCAAUGAAAUAAACAGGAUUGCUGCCUAAAAUGCCUUCAAAAUUAUUAUCUAAGAGGAAAGAACUGAUGAUAUGCUUAUGGUACACGCUUGAGCUGCAUCUUAGCUCUUCUGUUCUAAACAGAAAAGCAGACAACCCAAUUGCCAUGGGUUUUGCAACAGCUUUAUGGUCUGCAAACAUUCCUUGCUGUGCGAACACAUGUACAAAGCUACACAGGGAAUUUCUUCCUCUGCUGCUCCUCCCCCAAACAAACUGCUAAACGGCAUUAUAUAUAUCUGGUAUAAAUCUGUUUCAGAGAUAACAAGACCUAAAGGAGGUGUAGCAGGUGCUGAGCAUUGAAGUACCAUCUGGACCUGUCGAAUUCCAGUCAAAAUAAUCUCCUCGGUGCUUCACUGAAGGGUGGAAGCGGGAAUCUCAUAAUAUGAGCUCAUCACAAUUCCAUUUGACCCACUGCUUCCCCCCUGAGGGAAACCCACUGUUUACCACUGAAUUGGUGCAAACCUCAAUCGGGUUUUCUCCAGAGUAGCAUUUGCUCUGAUUUAAUGCCAAAUAGUGGGUUUUCCAUGGAAAAAUGGAGGAGCAAAUGCAAAAUCAUUCAGACUCGAGCCUAGAAAGCAUGGGAAACCGCUCAGACCGAUACUUUCCAGGCAUGGGACAAAUGGAAAUGUUAACAAGCCCUAAGUCUAAACCACGAUGAAUUGAGGCAGAGUGGGGAGCUUGAAUGGAAGCAUCCAUGUUGUUUGUUUGCUUUUAGAAAUUACAACGCCGCUCUGGAAGCAUUGUUACAGGACCUAAUAAUGCCAUCCAGACAUUAUGAUCCAGGGUCAUUCACCUGUAUUUGUUUGUUUCCAUUCAUAACCAGAUCAUUCACUGAAAAAUCCCAGGUGGAAAAUACAUAUUGCUGCAUUUUGCCCCAAUCUCCAAGCAAUGCGAGAUUCCAAGGGUUCUAGACAUUUACCCAGGGCUUGCAUUCCUCGGAAUGAAGGAGACUGUGGUGUCUUUAUGAUAUAUGGCUUCUUUACACAUAUAUACAACCUGAACCUGCAAUGGAGGCAUUAACACACCAAGAAGGUCGCUUCUCCCAUAGCCACAGCCUUAAGGUAAAGGUAAAGGGACCCCUGACCAUUAGGUCCAGUCAUGACUGACUCUGGGGUUGUGCGCUCAUCUUGCUUUAUUGGCUGAGGGAGCCAGCGUACAGCUUCCAGGUCAUGUGGCCAGCAGGACUAAGCUGCUUCUGGCGAACCAGAGCAGCGCACGGAAACGCCGUUUACCUUCCCGCCGGAGCGGCGCCUAUUUAUCUACUUGCACUUUGACGUGUUUUCGAACUGCUAGGUUGGCAGGAGCAGGGACCGAGCAACGGGAGCUCACCCCGUCGCAGGGAUUCGAACUGCCAACCUUCUGAUCGGCAAGUCCUAGGCUCUGUGGUUUAACCCACAGUGCCACCCACAUCCCACCAGCCACAGCCUUAGCUUCCAGCAGAAUUCAGGCAUGGCUCUGUCUCUCAGCUGCCCAGCCUGCAGCCUGCUUCUAGCUUCUGGCUUUUGUCCUUCUAGCUACCAGCCAGGUGAGGGAGGGGAAUCUACCUACUUGCCCUCUGGAGCAGAGUUACUUCCUUGUUACCUUAAUGACCCAUACCUAAGGGCUCUUGCGUCUCUUGCCUGGCUAAUUCAACAAUUGAAUCCUUGCUGUGUCCAGGAAUUAGAAGGCUCGCUAUUCUCUUCAGCCUGGGUCAACUUGUAGCUGAGGGAAGUCAUUAGGAUGCCUCUCUUGAGAUCCAGACCACUCCCUGCCUGCCUUCCUCAUCCCUUCCGCUGCUGUAUCUGGUUCUUCAGCAUCCUGUUAGCAAUGAACUCCAACCUGGCCUGCCUCUUGGGCUUCUAGUUACCUACAACUUCUCCAGCUGCUGGAUCCUGCCAGCACUUGAGAGCUGAGCACUUGGCAAAGACACACAGCUUGAAAUUUAAUCUAAACUGCUUUUGCCGGUGUUUUUACAUGACAGUAUAUCCCUCUGGAGCACACUUCCUUGUGUAUGUGAUCACAUAAACUGCAGGAAAUCUGGAGAGAGACCAAGGGCAUCUUCAUCAGGUUGUGAAACUUCCUUACAGUAUAUUUCUUGACAGGACUUUCCUGCUUGCUUUUAAAUAGCACACUUCUUCCCUACAGCUUUUCUACUCAAUUCCUCCCCCCCCCCCCCAGGCUUCCAAAUUUUGUACUAGUGCCCCCUUCCUUUCAAACUGGAGUAUAGACACCUAUCACAGCAUACUAGGGAGCAUCCUAACUAUGGUCACAUCCACAAUGUACAUUGAAAGCACAUUUAGAGCACAUGGCCUCCGGCAAGAAUCCUGGGAACUAUAGUUUUUAAGGGUUCUGUGAACUGUAGUUUUGUGAGGGGUAAACUAUAGGUCCCAGGAUUCUUUUGGGGAGACCAUGUGCUUUAAAGUAUAGUGUGGGUGAUAGCCAUAUAGUUAAGCUGCAUGUUUGGGUCCACUGACUUCCAUUUCUGCCUUGACAGAUCUGAUCUGCCUUCUCCUCUUUGCUUUGAGCAGUUUCUGUAGUUCUGGCAGAGAUGCAAACUUAGAAAUAAUAGCUGUAAUCUAAACCGAAAUACAUCUCACAAUAGUGGGGAAGACUGUGACCUGUGUGCUUGCUGAGGUACUCACUGAUGAUGGGUGACUUCAAUGCUUUUCCUGUCCUCCCUUCAUAAAGUUCAGUUGUCAUGGGAAAAGGUGAGGUAUAAAUAAAAGUAAUAAUGAUGGAGAUGGUGAUUAUGCAGGAAGCAUGCACAGCUUAGCACUCAGACCGCUAACUUCCUAGCAAACUUUGUGCAAACAAAUCAGGAUGCGUUCUCACUCAACAUGUCUGGAAGUGAGCUUAUUCAGCAAUUGUAUCUCCUAUAAUCGAACUUUCCUUCCAUAGUCAAUAUUAAUACCAAUUUUGAUUUUGUUGACAGGGUGAGUGUGAACUUCCACUGUACAAUAAUUUGGUUUGAAAAACAUUCUCACAUAUCAUUUCAGUAUUUUCAUUUAGGUCCUAAACAUGUUAUGAGUGUGCUAUUUGUUCUUUCUUCCCAAUCCCUUAGACUUCAGUUGCAGGAGCCCUUCUAAUUAACAAGCAGUAUUAUCCAGAUAAUCUCAUUAGAUGCUAGAAGCCUGAUUAAAAUGUCCAGUCUACCAAUGACUGAUAACAUGUGACUAAAAUACAGUUUUGUUAGGAAGAGCUGGGCUCUGUCCAUCCCCCGAAAUUCUCAGUGUAUUUUAUGUUUGUGGGAUCUUUUGAAAACAGUGAUUAAGGUACUCUGUGUUCAGAGACCAUUCCGGCCACUUCAGCAACAUCUGUGUCAAUAAGUCUGUAUGUACAUUCAUACUGUGACCAACACUUAUAAUUUAUUAGACCUACUAAACAUAGGAGAGGCAGAGCAAUGCUAGUCACAUGAUACUUGGGACAGGAGCUGGAGCAGGAGAAAACAAGCUUGCUCCAUCUUCCAUGUGGCAACCCUUCAGAUAUUUGAAGAUGGCUAUCAUAGCUCUUCCAGAUUAAACAUACCCAGCUCCCUCAGCCGUUUGUCAUAAGGCUUGGUUUCCAGAUUCUUGGUGAUCUUUGUUGCUCUUCUCCAAGUCCUCCUUCUUCACAGUUUCUCCUUCUUCCUAUCUACAGCUACUUCUCCUUCCUGCCUGAUGCCCCACCCAUUGAACAUUCCUGAUCACUCUGGACCACCCAACCCAUGGCGAUCUGAGGCUGUCUCAACCUUACACAACCAAUGUCUGGAUCCCUCUGAACAGGCCUGAUUUAACUCAGCCCAAUUUAGUGUACAGCCUUAGGACUUAUCACUGCUCCUCAGUGAAAGUCCUAGCUCAUUUGUCAAGCUGGGAAGAACCAUCUGGAUUUGACUGACCAUUUCUGGCCACCCUAAAUCUUUGUUUUAAAAAGGAACAGACAGGGGAGGAAAUACCUGUUGAUUGCUGAGAUAUCAUCUGGCCACCAUAGCAUCCUAUAGCAGAGAAUGCUGAACAGACCCAAAUGUCUCUCUUGAAGCUCUUAAUAUAUUGUGCCUUGCUUUAAUUGCUUUUUUUCAGAUUACUGUACAUUCUUUCAAUGAAUACUUUUAAAUAAAUAAAUAAAUAUAAAUAAACAAUUCCUUGUCUGUCUUCACUGGGAUAAACUUUGAUACCUUAUUUUUCAUGUUUAUAGGUGAAUUAUUCAUCUAGGUGAGUUGCUCUUUUUGAAAACAAUUAAAAAGCACUCCAUUAGCUCAGGUAUAUGGUCAUCCUCAGUUCAAUUGAAAAAGUUCAUAUGUGGUAUGAUUAUACAGACCAGUCAUAUAGAAGGAGCAUCACCUGCCUUGAUGAUUCCUCUCACCUAUUGUUAUAAGAAGCCUUUGGGGAGGGGUGGAGAAUCUGAAUAAUAAUAAUAAUACCUUUAUUGUCAUUGUACAACCUGUGUGCAAUGAAAUUAAACAAGCCCCCCCCCCCCGAAACACUCAAUCUCUUAUCGAACAACACACCACCUCGCAAGUCAAUUUCGCUAUGGUUAUUUUCCAUUCAACAGCCUAACAGCCCAUGGAUAGAAGCUAUUUUUUACCCUGUUGGUACAGCUGAUUAUAUUUCUAUAUCUUCUGCCCAAGGGUAGAAGGUUAAAGAGGUGAUGGCCGGGGUGUGAGUCAUCCCUGAGAAUUUUUCUUGCUCUCCUAAGGCAACGAUCCCUUGCGAUGUCAUCCAGCAGACUCAAGGGACAGCCCAUGAUAUAAUGUGCUGUAUUCACCACUCCUCUGUGAGGAUGGGGUUUCUAUACACACACAAACACACACACACACACACACACACACACACACACACCUUCCUCAUAAUUUGAACACUAACCUUAUGUUUGUCUUUCCUACUUGCACUGAAAUUUUAAUAAUUGUAUAACAAAGCAAGAACAGUGCAAAAAUGAAGGAGAAAACUACCCUCCCCACUCUGUUUAACAACAACAACAAAAACCCAUGCAAUUUUUGAAAUCUGUGUACAUAAGCAUACUGGCAAUUUAGGUGUCAGUGCAUGAAAAACAGUUGAGAAUACAUUGUCUCAGAGUUCAGCACUGCAAUAUAUAUAUCUUUUAGGAUAUCAAAGAGAAGCAAAAAAGUAGCAAAGAGCAGACCUUUUAUGCCAUCUGGUGGAACUUUAUUUUAUAUGCAUCUAAUGACAAUGUGCAAAGAUACCUAUCAAUAGCUGCCUGAGGAAUAUGGAAACCAUGAGGAGCUAUAGAUAAUGUAUUUAUUUAUUAAUGGAUGAUUUUAUUUUCUGUUUUAAAAUGUUUAUGUAUUUUUAUUACAGCAUUUUAUUCUUAUGUAAUGUGCUUUGGGAUUUUUGUUCAUACAUACAUUCAGUAAACCAAAGAAACAAACCAAGCAAAAUUCCAAUCUAAUAUUCAGCUAUUGACUUUGCAAAUAAUAGAAUAAAAUUUAAUAGCAUUGGCCCCAUAUCAUUUGCAUGAUACUCAGAUGCAUAAGUAACUUGUACAGUUUGGGGAAGUUAAUAAUAAUCUUUGAUCAAGAGAUUAGUUUUAACACCAAGACAAUUGAAAAAGCUUUUAUUUUAAGACUCUUAUAAAGUUGAUCAGUUCAGUAUGUGCGGUUGCUACAUGUUUAGCUUUCCUAAAAGCUAAAUUUGUAGAAUUUGGUUUCCUAAAUCCUCUUUUGGACUGUUUCCCUAGUUGCUGUAAACUGUUACAGUGUAUCACAUACCAAAUGACUGGUGGAGCCUCUCAUAAUUUUUCAGAAUUACUUGCUAUAAUAGAAACAUUAUUCUGACCAGCUCAUUUGGCCACUACAGUGGUACCUCGGGUUAAGAACUUAAUUCUCUCUGCAGGUCCGUUCUUAAUCUGAAACUGUUCUUAACCUGAGGUACCACUUUAGCUAAUGGGGCUGCUGCCAUGCCGCUGCCGCACAAUUUCUGUUCUCAUCCUGAAGCAAAGUUCUUAACCUGAGGUACUAUUUCUGGCUUAGCGGAGUCUAUAACCUGAAGAGUCAAUGGUCUGUAACCCAAGGUACCACUGUAUUGCUGUUCUUCAGGACUGAAAACUUAUGCCAAUCAAAGUCUGCCAUCUCUUGGAAUUCUAGAGCAUUGCACACAUUAUAGAACUUUGAAGCAAAGCUUGUCAAAUCAGUAGUACUUCCAAAAAUUUGCAACAAAAACAGGUGGAAAGCCCAGGCACAAUUUUUGCAUGGAGGCAAAGCCUUCCAUGGGACCUAUUGAUAAAUGAGGCAUGAGAACCAUUAGCCAGUUAUUCCUGUGGAGCAAAUUAGCACCCCAGGAAAUCAAUAGCUAAACAUUUACAUGGUUGAAGUCCAUUGACAACUAAGGCUGGAGGAAGAAAGAAGAGCAUCAGUGGCUUCUAGUCAUGAAGGCUGUGUCUGCAGGGGAAGUAAGAGCGCAACUGACUUCUUUUGGAUGAGCUAUAAUCCCAAAAUUCUCCUCAUUUGUUUUGCCUGAGAUUUAGGAAAGCAGAUGUAGCCAAUUAGGCCAAGAGGCCCAAACUCCAUUAUCUACACUCUUGGUUUUAUUUUAUGAUGGUCUUCCUUGGUGGAGAUGUAAUUUCUGCCCCACAGAAAGCAGUUUGGCUAUCUAGUAUAUUAGUGUGGCUGUGAUUGCCAAGUAGCAGACAGGAGUUCGUGAUCUUUCUAAUUCAGGUUUUAUUUCAUACAUAAAAAUGUGAGAUAUAUUUUCCUCCAGUGUGUAAACGUUUCAUAUUGCAGCUAUCAUGACUGAAAUUUGUACAUUCUCCAGCCAGUAAGCACAUUCUCCUGUUAGUAUGAAUAGUCUCCAAGGUAAGAAAGGUAAAGGACCCCUGGACAGUUAGGUUUAGUCAAAGGCGACUAUGGGGUUGUGGCGCUCAACUCGCUUUCAGGCUGAGGGAGCCAGCGUUUGUCCACAGACAGCUUUCUGGGUCAUGUGGCCAGCAUGACUAAACCGCUUCUGGUGCAACAGAACACCAUGACAGACAGCAGAGUUAAUGCAAAUGCCAUUUACCUUCCCGCCACAGCGGUACCUAUUUAUCUACUUGCACUGGUGUGCUUUCAAACUGCUAGAUUGGCAGGAGCCGGGACUGAGCAACAGGAAUUCACCCCAUUGCAGGGAUUCGAACCACCAACCUUCUGAUCGGCAAGCCCAAGAGGCUCAGUGGUAUAGACCACAAUGCCACACACAUCCCUUUAUAGUCGCCUUUAUAGUCUCCAAGAAGCAUGUCUUUCCUGCCGUUUCUCUAGUUCAGAAGUGUGCAAUCUGCACCCCACUCACCCUAGUCCCUCUAGUCUACUGUCUAAUCUUACAUAGCUCACAACAAACCUUUACACAGCUUGUAAGCUUAAACAGCUUAUAAGCUUUGCCAAUUCAUACCUUUUUGUGUGUCGAGACCCUGAAACCACCCCCUUGUUGAUGAAUAAGAAACAAGGAGACAGAUAUUAGGUUAAUGUUAUUGGGCAAAUUUAGGCCACAACUUUAUUGGUUACAGAAUGUGAGCAGUAUUGGCUUAGGCACUGGAAUUGACCCGACUAUAUCAGACUCCUGCCCAUCACGCAGGGAGUCCUGUAAGGGUCAACCAUUGAUAGGGAAAGCCCCGUCACUACAAACCAACUCGAGCUCCCCCAGGGUUCCCAACAGGGUCGUGGCAUGGCCCUAGCCCCACCCCAGGCUUCGGUCAAGAUCCACACGCCCAGAUUCCUUUAAUGGAAUACCCUUAAGCUUGGAGGAGCAUGUGAUGGCCACACACACCCUCCCUCAACAUAAGUUCAACCAAUGCCUAACCACCAAACCUUGCAAAGUUGUGAUGAUUGCUAUGAGGUAGGUGAAAACCAAAUGGCCCAUGCCAAUUUGCCGAGUGGAAACAUUCCUACCAGGCCCCUCAAUGGCGACCAACUAAGGUCCAUAGCAAUGGAAAUGUUGAAACCUGAAAAUUAGGGAGGGAGGGAGGGAGAUUGAGUAAGCGAGCCAAGAGGAAGCUCUCCAGCUCAUGUGUCAGUUUAAAUGGGGCCCGGCACGCCUCCCCAGCCAGCAGAUUGGCUGGCUGGACAAUGACAUCGCCAGAAACCUCCGGGUGAUGCAGGACUUCAUCCCCCACCCCCAGAGGGGAGUGGGUGGCCAUGUGGUCCACCGCAACUCCUCCCCACUGGGAAGUGGAGCGGAUUUGCUUUCCAUUCUGUUAUGACUGACUUAAUCGUAGAAUUGUACAGUUGGAAGGGACCCUGAGGGUCAUCUAGUUUAACCCCCUGCUAUUCAGGAGUCUCAACUGAAGCAUCCAUGAUAAAUGGAUUUGAGCCUUUUCUCCAAUAUUUUGCAUAACACAAUCUUGCUGCAACAAUCCUAUAAGAUGUUUGUUCCCUUUGCUAUGCAGGGAACUUUCCAUAUUAGUUAAUACACAUAAACAGUGUCGAGAUCUAACUACUUUGGCUGUUCGCUCUGUUUCGUUUCUUAUUUGGGACAAAGCCUUCUCUGGUUUGCUUACCCAUAGCUCAAGCACAGUGGUUCACUUAAAGAGAGUGUUGCAACACUGUCUACGAUUACAAAACCUUAGAAAUUCAACUGGGAACAUGCAUCCUUUCAACAUUCUUCAAAGCAUCGUUGAAAAAUUAGGAAGUGAAAUCCAAAGAGGAAUCAGAUCCUGUUCCUCUUGCAGAUGAGAGACCAGAUGCCAGCUGUGUAAUGAAAACUCAAUUGCUAUAUACAAAUUAUAGAUGAAUGCCCUACAGUCUCUUUAAUUUUUUAACUCUGUUUACUGAAGGUUGAUAUAUUUUUAUGUGUUCUUCAGAAACAUUUAGAAGCAGAUUGUCUCUGAUUCGAGACAACUAAGUAUCGGGUGCACAUAUCCCAUCCAUUCAAAACAUUUUUGAAAAUUUGAGAUUGAUGUCCUUCAUUCAGAUUGAUAGCCCAACGUGUCCCAAAGACAUGGGAUAGGCAGCAAUAAUCUAUCCCAUGUAAUGCUUCAAAUCAAAAGGAGAUUUUCAUCCUGCCACUGUCCAGUCUCACUUCUUAAUAUUAUUAAUGUUAGUAUUAGUGUAAUCCAUUAUUCAUCAUCACUGAAUAUUUCAGUCCCAGAGCUGCUGAAGAUGGAAUGAAUCCAGCUAAAUUUACUCACAGUAGACCCAUUGAAAGUAAUGGACCUAAGUUAGUCAUGACCAUCAAUUUCAAUGGACCUACAAUGAGUAGGACUAGCACCAAAUACAAUGCAAUGAAAUCAAAUAACAAAAAUCUAAAUGAAAAUAAAGAUUAAUAAAAAAAAUUAAAUGGCAUAAAAAGUCCAGUACAUACGAGAAAUAGAUGAACAACUCCAUCAUAAAAUUAGAUAGCAGUGAGGACAACAAUUAAACUUUUCAAUUUAACCAGAUACCUGGUAAAGGAAAUGUGAUAUACAAUGACUAAAACAAUCAAAUAGUUAUAGGCGCAGUUCCCAUCCCAUCUCUCUCUGUUACUAUUUUUGAACACAGAUAACCUGUGCAGGGAAUAUCAUGGAGGCUGCAAUUCUUCAAUUCCAGCCACUGAAAGACAUCGGAGUAGCCUGAGCCAUAGCCAAAUGAACUCUGAAAUACUGCCUAUAUACUGUCAGCAUAUCUGUGGUAUUCCCAUUGUUUUCAACUUAAUCCUUUUGCUUCCUCUGCUCCUUCUUGGAAAUGCUUGUUAAAUUGGAAAAGUAAGCCCCUGGCUUGGAAGGAACCAACAGGUAUGGUCCCAGUUACUGCUAAUUUUUUUGCUUUCCUUUUGAUAUGGCUUCUUAAUCCAGGCAUACACAUCCUAAAACGAGACUGGAAAAUGGGAUUGUUACCCUUUGCUUUUGUUUUAAUCAUUCAACUCCACCACACACCCCUGGGGCAUAUAAACCAGCGGCAUUUUGCCUUAGCAACCAGGGAUUUUGAGAAUCCCUGAAGAAACCUCAUUCUUUCCACCCAGGAACACUUCUUGUGUAUUCAAACCCACCCCCACCCCAUCCCCGUUCCUCUGUUCUAACUCUCAUUUCCCCACUUUCUCUAUCUCCUUAAGCUGCUGAAGAGGUACUCUCAGCUCCAACACAUCAAGACACCACCUCCCAGAAAUAAGGAAAGGUAUUUUAAAAAUUACUCCUUGUCUGAAAACCUGGAGAGCUGAUGCCAGUCUGUGUCAGAGCACUAGAUAGACCAACAGUCUGCUCAGCAUAAAGCAGCAUUCUGUGUUCCUAGCCUAGAAGAAGUGCAAAGGGUUUUGCAGGUGACUCAGGGACUGCUGCUGCACUGCAUAUCACUUGUAAGACGGCAAAACAUUCAGGAGAAGAUUCCAGGCUGCUUCCGGGAAAGGGACUGAAGCAAUCCAGGCAGGAAAAAGGUGGAGGAGGAAAUGAAUGGCUCGUGUUUCACAGCUGCUUCAUGUGGCAUUUCACCCUUUAUUUCCAAGUGAUUUUGCAAAGCAGGUUCAUUAUUUAGUACUACAUAAAUGGGUUGGGGGGGAGUAAAUCACUCAUGACAUCACUUAGGGUUGCCAGGGCAACAGCAUCUCAGUUCUUGAGGCUCACGCAGGGGUGGAGGGGUGUGCAGGUGAUGUCACAAGACUGCUAACUCUUCAAAGACAAAAACAAAACAAAACCUGGUACCAACCAGUACCACUUUAUCAGCAGUAAAGAGACAAGAAAGCCAAGCUGUGUGAAGGCCUGCAAGACUGAGGGCAAUACAUGACAUGCUAUCAAGAUUAAAUCAUGCUUUAGUUCUAUUUAAAUGAAUAGUGCUUAGUCGUGAUCCAACUCACUCAGCCCCCUACUGCAAGCCCAAAAAACCCCCACUCUUUUAAUAGGCUUUUUCCCUCUGGAAAAAAUACAAAGGAUUUUUAAAAAGACAACAACAACUUAUGCAACAUUUUCUUUUUUAAAGUGGUAAGUGAAAUGCUUUUCAUAAAGCCCAUUACACUCAGAGUUCCUCAUUCUAAGAUUCAAAGGCAAGUUAUGUUAAUACAUUGCUACUGCAUUUGUGAGGAUUACUAAAUUAUGCUCUCCACCUUUCAUAGAUGAAGAUGGAGACAUACUCGAAGCGCUCCAAUCUUCAUCCAAGGAUCACUGCCUGGCUCCAUACACCCACCCUAAGUACAUGCACCAUUUUUAUUCCAAAAUCAAUGGAGACCAAGUACUUGUUUUUCCUUUGUAAUCCACACAAUCUGCCGCAUGAUUUCUGCCCUUGAAAAAUGCUUCAUGAGAAACUUGCUUCAAUCAAAAAAAUAAAAGCUAAUAGCAGAUUGGUUCCACAUUAUCCUGCCGUGUGUCUAUUUGAAAACAGUUGUAGAUGGUCCCAGUCACUACCCAGUGGUGUUUUUGGAAGACAUAUUACUGAGACUGCAGUCACCACAAGCUUCUUGAUUCACCUGGUGCAUGAAGGGAAAGGUGUGGAUAACCUAAUCAAGGGGAGGGGUUUCAAAGGUGUACCAAGUAACCUGUGGGAAAAAUUUGUCUUGCGGGUUCAAGUACAGAGGCUCACACCAAAUUCUCAGCUGGUCAGACUUUAUUCAGUAAUGCAUUACAGGACAGAAUCCAAAGGGUCUAUGAGGGCUUUCCAUUAGAACACAAGUUAUAUAGGCAAAUAUAUGUCACCUUGGCUGUUUCAUCCUCUGGCCAAUCACCUUCUGCCACCGCAUCACUCGACCAUCUCAUCAUCCAGUCACACUCCUUGAAAUGCAACUUCACUCAACCCGUUUUCACUGUACCUAUCAGAGCCCUCCUUGUACCUUAAAUGGGGUUGUUUUUCACUUUUAAUCGUCUCCCCACACAUCAUUCAACAUUAUUAAUUGUUCUGUGAUGUUUCCCAGUGUUAGCAUAUCUCUACCACCUGAUAGGGCACCCUUGCACUAUAUAUAUAGAGCACCAAAAGCAGGACAAAAAACCCCCAAAGAUUUGUGGAAUGAAACGUUGAAUAAUUUCAUCAGGAAGCUACAGGAGAUGCAGAGAUUAGAAACUAAGCUGUAUGUCUAGCCCAAAACUUGCGUGGGUGCAAACAGUAUUGAAAGGGGAAGCACAUUCAACUGCUCUGAUACCAUCAUGAGAACAAAUCAUAAUGCAGUCACAAUAAAAAGGAUGGCUGGAGGAAUCUUGCACCUGUUCUUUAAUGAGCAUUCAUUCCGCUUUGUUUACAGAACAGUUACUGGACAAUCAGCAUUCAUCCUGAUUUGUCUGUGGGGUGUUUACAUGUCUUCAUCCCACACUUCUCAAUGAGUUUCCCUACCACUGGUGGUGACUGGCCUUUGUUCUCCUUUCUUGUUCCCAGCACAUGCCUCACCAAACCCCAAACCUCCUUCCUGUCACCUCACAACCCUCCCCGUCACCUUGGUAUGAGCAUCAGUGAGGUGUCCAACUGUCCCUAUUUUCCAGGGACAGUCACAGAUUUACAGAAGUUUCUGAUUUAAUCCUGGGAUGUGACACUUUUCCUUAGGAUGGCCCUAUUUUCAUUGGAGAAAUGUUGGUCGGUAAGGAGUUAUGUGACACCACCACCCCCCAAGCCAAAAAGAUAAGCAACUAUACAAUAUUUAGAAGACAUCUGAAGGCAGCCCUGUAUAGGGAAGGUUUUUUUAAUAUUUAGCAUUUUAUGUGUGUUGGAAGCCAUCCAGAGUGGCUGGGGCAACCUAGUCAGAUGGGCAGGAUAUAAACAACAACAACAUUGAAUAGGACAUCCAUAUUUUCAUCGGAGAAAUGUUGGAGGGGAGCAGGCCUUUUCUGCAAUGGCUCCCCACUUGUGGAACGCUCUUCCCAGCGAGGCUCGUCUGGUGAUUGAUUGAGUGUUUAAUUUCUAUACCACUUAGUAUAUUAAAAAGAUCUCUGAGCAGUAUACAAAAAAACUGAAGCAGCAACAGAUAACUUCAAAAAAUAUUACAAUAACACACAGUUACAUAUAGAAAUGUUACAUUAAUGCAUUUAAAUAUAUAAAUCAAUAUCAAUUCCUUUUCCUUCUGAUGCACUCUCCCUCUCAGCCUCCAGGUUCUCUUUUUUUUUUUAUAAGAUAUUUAUUAAGAUUUUCAGAAUAUUACAAGACAAAAAAAAGAAAAGAGAAAAAAUACAAAGUAAAAAUAGUUAAAAACAAUUCAUUCCUUCCAUUACUUAUCCUUCAUUUGCUUAUUUCCAGGACCUCCUCACAUCUCCCUUUUUUGUAUUCCAGUUCAGUUAUUGGUUCAACAAAUCCCUCCCCUCUUUAUGUAUCCUAAUCAUUAAUCAUAAACUAUUGUAAUUUUAGAUUUUUACCUAUUAAUAAACCAUUUUUUCAUAUUCCCUUAUAACAUUUCAGCUAAAGACCACUUAGUUUCUAUCCAACAUCAUUCUAACAUUCAUUAAUUUUGCAAUAUUUCUGUAAAUAGUCUUUAAACUUUUUCCAAUCUUCUUCCAUCGACUCUUCUCCCUGGUCUCGGAUUCUGCCAGUCAUUUCCGCCAAUUCCAUAUAUUCCAUCACCUUCAUCUGCCAUUCUUCCAAGGUGGGUAGAUCUUGUGUCUUCCAAUACUUUGCAAUAAGAAUUCUUGCUGCUGUUGUGGCAUACAUAAAAAAAGUUCUGUCCUUCUUUGGCACCAAUUGGCUGACUAUGCCUAGGAGAAAGGCCUCUGGUUUCUUCAAGAAGGUAUAUUUAAAUACCUUUUUCAAUUCAUUAUAUAUCAUUUCCCAGAAAGCCUUAAUCCUUGGGCACGUCCACCAAAGGUGAAAGAAUGUACCUUCAUUUUCUUUACAUUUCCAACAUUUAUUAUCGGGCAAAUGGUAAAUUUAUGCAAGCUUGACUGGUGUCAUGUACCACCUGUAUAUCAUUUUCAUAAUAUUCUCUCUUAGGGCAUUACAUGCCGUAAACUUCAUACCUGUGGUCCACAACUGUUCCCAGUCAGCAAACAUAAUAUUAUGUCCAAGAUCUUGUGCCCAUUUAAUCAUAGCAGAUUUCACCGUUUCAUCCUGAGUAUUCCAUUUCAACAGCAAGUUACACAUUUUUGACAAAAUCUUAGUUUUGGGUUCUAACAGUUCUGUUUCCAAUUUUGAUUUUUCCACCUGGAAGCCAAUUUUCUUAUCCAAAUUGUAUGCCUCCAUUAUCUGAUAAUAAUGAAGCCAGUCUCGCACUUUGUCUUUUAAUUUCUCAAAACUCUGCAAUUUCAAUUUGUCUCCUUCUUGUUCCAGAAUUUCCCAAUAUUUCGGCCAUUUGGCCUCCAUAUUGAGCCUUUUCUGAGCCUUUGCUUCCAUCGGUGACAACCACCUUGGGGUUUUGUUUUCAAGUAAGUCCUUAUAUCUUAUCCAGACAUUUAACAAUGCUUUCCUGACAAUAUGGUUUUUAAAUGCUUUAUGUGCUUUAACCUUGUCAUACCACAAAUAUGCAUGCCACCCAAAAACAUUAUUAAAACCUUCUAAAUCCAAAAUGUCUGUGUUCUCAAGAAGCAGCCAUUCUUUCAACCAGCAGAAUGCUGCUGAUUCAUAAUAAAGUUUAAGGUCUGGCAGGGCGAAUCCACCUCUAUCCUUUGCAUCGGUUAAUAUUUUAAAUUUUAUUCUAGGCUUCUUGCCCUGCCAAACAAAUCUAGAAAUGUCUCUCUGCCACUUCUUGAAACAGUCUAUUUUGUCCAAAAUUUGCAAUGAUUGAAACAGAAAUAACAUUCUUGGCAAUACAUUCAUCUUUAUAACAGCAAUUCGACCUAACAAGGAAAGGUUCAAGUUUGACCAUAUCUCUAAAUCCUUUUUCACUUCUGACCAACAUUUCUCAUAAUUGUCUUUAAAUAGGUUUAGGUUCUUAGCAGUCAUAUUAACCCCCAAAUAUUUUACUUUCUUAAUCAGUGUUAAACCUGUCUCCUUCUGAAGCCUCUCUUUCUCAAUCGGUGUUAAAUUUUUCUCAAGCACCUUAGUUUUUAACUUGUUCAACUUAAAUCCUGCCACAUGACCAAAUUCCUGAAUCAAUUCUAAUACUCUUUUAGUACUAGAUUCUGGCUCCUGUAACGUCAAUACUAGAUCAUCUGCAAAAGCUUUCAAUUUGUACUGUUUAGCUCCGACCUGUAUACCUUUAAUCAGAUGGUCCCUUCUGAUCAUAUUUAGCAAAACCUCCAGGACCAAAAUAAACAGCAAUGGGGAAAUUGGGCAGCCUUGUCGUGUCCCUUUCUCUAUCUUGAAUUCCUCUGUCACCACAUUGUUAACUAUUAGUUUGGCCUUUUGUUCUGAGUAAAUUGCACUUAUACCAUUUUCAAACCCUUGACCAACCCCCAUACCCUGAAGAUUUUUCUUCAUGAAACUCCAAGAAAUAUUAUCAAAGGCUUUCUCCGCAUCUACAAAAAUUAAAACAGCUUUAGUAUUAAUAUUCACUUGUAGCAUCUCCAAAAUGUUGAUUAUAUUCCUCGUAUUGUCAGACAAGUGUCUACCCGGGAGAAAGCCAGCUUGGUCUUUAUGUAUCUCCUCCACUAAUACUUUUUUUAACCUUUUAGCCAAAAUAUCUGCAAAAAUUUUAUAAUCCACAUUAAGCAGGGAUAUGGGGCGGUAGUUCUUAAGUUGUGUCUUUUCAUACUCAUUUUUCGGUAUUAAUGUAAUAUAUGCUUCCUUCCACGACUCUAGUGCUUUUUUCCCCUCCAAAAUUUCAUUACAAACCUCCUUUAAUGGUUGAAUUAUCCAAUCCUUCAAGGACCUAUAAUAUUUUGAGGUUAAGCCAUCUGGCCCUGGAGAUUUGCCCAACUGCAUGUUCUGAAUGGCACCUUCCACCUCCUGUUCUGUUAUUUUGUAGUUCAACAUUAACUUAUUUUCUUGGGAGAUUUUUUGAAGUCCAUUUGUUUUUAAAAAUUUGUCUAAAUCACACUCUUUCUGUGGCCCUUGUGUAUAUAGCUGUUUAAAGUACCUCUGGAAGCAUUUUCUAAUUUCCACUGGAUUCUGGAUGAUCUUUCCUUCCACUUCCAAGUUGGUAAUGGUGUUAAGUUUUUGUCUUUUUUUCAUUUGCCAAGCUAACAGUUUUCCACAUUUAUUAGCCAAUUCAAAUGUCCUUUGUUUCAUCUGUUUAAUUUUCCAUUCUAUUUCCUGAUUCAUCAUCUUCAUAUAUUGAACUUGGUAUAACUUUAUUUCUCUCAGAAUCUCUUGUGAUUUUGGUUUCGCUCUCAGUUUCUUCUCCCCCUCUUUUAUUUUUUCCAAAAUUUUAUCUUUUUUCUCAUUUUGAGUUCUCUUCUUUAUUGCAUUCUGUUGAAUUAGAAACCCUCUCAUAACUGCUUUGCUUGCGUCCCAGAUUACUCUUUUUUCAAUUGUAGUGUUCAAAUUUAUCUCAAAGUAGUCUCUCAAGGUUUUUGGGCCUUCUUGGUAACUUCUUGAUCUCUAAACAAGGUGUCAUUCAUCCUCCAUCUGAAGGAGCCGGUAGGUGUUAAUUUCAUCUCCAUUUUCACAGCAUUAUGGUCGGAGCAGGUUUUAGGGCAAAUUUCCACUUUUCGAGUCUUAGGUGCCAGUCCUCUAGUAAUCCAGAUUUGGUCAAUUCUUGUCCAUGUCAUUUUGGCUUCAGAGAAGAAGGUUCCCUCCCUAGCCAAGGGAUUCUUUAUUGUCCAAAUGUCAAUCAAAUCCAUAUUGUCAGUCAUCUCAAAAAAAGUUUUUGGCAGUCUGCCAUCUUUGGUAACUACCUGUCUCUGCGACUUGUCCAUGUUUGUGGAUACCACUCCAUUCAUAUCUCCCAUCAUGAUAAUGUUGUAAUCCAUAUAGUCUAACAAUGUCUCAUGCAACUUCUUAAAAAAUUCAGAUUUCUCCUCAUUUGGUGCAUAUACUCCUACUAUCAGAAAUUUUUCUCCUUGUGUUUGGAUUUCAAUUGCCACAUAUCUUCCUUGAUCAUCUUUAAAAAUAAAUUUCCGUGAUAGGCUCUCUUUCGCGUAAAUUACAACUCCUCUCUUUUUAACCUUGUCCGAUGAAAUAAACUCCUGACCCAGUCUUUUAUUAAUCAAUACUUUCCUAUGGAGCCUUAUCACAUGUGUUUCCUGCAAACAAAUCAAGUCCAAUUGUUCCUUUUUCAAUAAAUGAAAGACUUUUUUCCUUUUCUCCGGGGAAUUAAAUCCAUGAAUAUUCCAACUUAAUAGUUGCAGGGACAUGGUGUAUUUAUUUUACUUUUCCUCCAACUGCACCAAGUAAUUGUUCUUGUUCUGUUGGUAGUAUCACCUUCUCUAACUUGUCCAAUCCCAAAGGUAGUGAUACUAUGUCCUGUGUUCCUGGUUUUAAAGCUCUUGGCUCUUUUUCAGUUUCUUUUUGCAAAUCUUCUUCGUGAUCUUUCAGAAAUUUUUCUUUGUCUUCCACUGAUCUUAUUUUAAACUUUUCCCCUUUAAAAGUAAAAGAUAGGCCUUGAGGGAAUUCCCACCUAAAAAUGGUUCUGUUUGCUUUUAGCAGGGCCACCAAGUCUCCGUAGUUGGACCUAAGAUCCAAAAGAUGUUUAGGGAUAUCCUUAAAUAUCUCCACUCUUGAUUCCUUUAUUUCCAAGGUCUUCUGGAAGUGCAGGCUCAGUAUUCUGUCUCUCUCCUCUCUUGAUCAGAGGGUAAUCAAACAGUCUCUCACCCUGUUCUUUCUCCCCCCUCUUCCAAGUCUGAAAGCACUUACUAUCUUGAAGUCUAACUUGUCUGGGUCUAAGUCCCAAAAGUCUGUAAAUUCCUGCGUAAGAAAGUCACUCAAGUUGUCCUUCUCAAGUUCAGGUACAGCCCUGAUCCUUAGAUUUAUCUGUUUUUCUUUUAAUUCGAUCAUAGACAGCAAUGACUUAUGAUCCUCCAGCUGCCUACAUAUCGGUGGUAUCUUUUCCUCUAUCUUUUCCUCCACAGCCAGUGCUUUUUCUUUAGCUUCUUCAGCUGUUUUUCAAUUCGAAGUAGAUUCCUGCAGCAGUUUCUCAAUAGAUUCUGUAUUUGAGUUCACCUUCUGCCCCAAGUUAUUGAUGCUUGUGGUAUUUUGAUCAAUUUUAGUUGUCGCUUCAGCCACUUGUUUGCUCAACUUUUCCAAAGAUUCAAAAAUUUUAUCUAAAGCUGAAGCUAAGCCCCCUUCAGCUGCCAUUAGUUUAGACACCACCUGGGCUGAAUCUUCCCCUGGUGGGGCAGGGAGGCCGGGUGCUGACGGUCUACGCUGCUGCAGUCUAAUUUUACCAGAUCUUGUUGUUUUUUCCUGAGUCAAGUCUGCCAUAACACUUUAUCUAAGGAUCAAGGUCAGUCCCACGAUUACUUGUUUGUAAUGGAAAAUUCCCCUUUAGUAUGGCCAGUUUGGAGUGGAAAAUUCCCUGGCCAAUUGUAGCAAUUUUAAAGUUCCUCUAGGGGGACACAAUAGCAGUUCCAAUUUGUAACAAUAAAAUAGCUAUUCCAACUUUCAAAAAUCCCCCCUUUAGCCAAAAAAAAAGCAACAGUUUCAAGUCAAGUGGGACUUUUCAGAAUCAAAGUAUCCCUCUUACAGAGCUAGCUGUCAAAAAGUUGCAUUAUCCUUUGACAGCGCAUUUCCCAAUACGGCAGUUUCAAUGUCCCUUGAUAGUCCGUUCCCAGGCAUUAAGUGAUGGUCUUAGUUCCCUUUCUCUCUUCUUUUGCGGGCAAAAGAUACUUCCCCUUCUCCCUCCCCUCUCCCGCACCACAGGGAGGGAGUUCUCUUUUUGUUGAUGUAGGAUUUGAGUCUUUUUCAACGUAAUUUUCAGGCUCUUUGCUUUGACAGUCUUUGCUUUGAUCUAUUUACAUAAAAGGAAGGUGGACUUCCUGUUUACACCUUCCCGCUUCAGUGCCGAAUUAAUCCUUUUUUCCCCCUUAAGUUCCCCGAUCUUCAGACUUAACCUACUCAUGGGUAGUUGUUUCUUAGCCGAAUUGUCACAGGAAAAAGGUCGGCGCUCUCCGGCAACAGCUGCGUGGCUUCACUCCACGGAAGAAGCAAUUGACUCUCAGCACCGCGCCAGACUCCCCGCUUCGCUCCGGAACUCUUUCCAGGGUUCCCUCGCAGAUUGGGGGGGCGCUAAGGGUGCCCACCGAGUCCCACGGUCAGAGGCUUCACCCGCCUGUGAUUUUCGAGGGGGUCCCUGCUUCGCCGUAGCGGCAAGACCCGAUUUCCGCGGAGCUGCUCCCUUAAGACUAGAGGGAAUCCGCCAUUGCCGAUGGCGCCGCCUCCGGAAGUCCCAGCCUCCAGGUUCUCACCCAGGCUCCAAACAAACUCUUAGCUCACCCACAAGAUCUCACAGUGAGAAGAGUUUCUGGAAACAGUGAACAUCACUCUAGUCUCUCACUCUAUGCUUUUUGUGUCUUUAUGUUGUAAACUGCCCUGUGAUCCUCAAAUGAAAGGUGGCAUUGAAAUUAAAGGAAGCUAUAAUAGGCUAUACUGAGCAUGGUGGGCCAGUGGCCUGACUCAAUAUAAGACAGGUGUCCAUGUUUCUAUGUGGGGCCCAGGACAGAUGUAAAUGCAGGCUUCAAGGCCAGGAUGCUUGGACCCCAGCAGCUGCCCACAGCUAGCAGAAGAGGAGGGGAGCUAAUUUUCACCCCUUUCCCUUCCCACUGCAGCCCCCACCCCAUGCAACACCCCCCCCCCCGGUCUGAGUAUUUGCCCAAAUCUCUGGAACUGAUAACAGGGGCCGGAAAUGGACAUUGCAAAUUUAAGCAAGAAGUGGACAUCAGCAAAAACUGCCUGCCCUCCUCUUGCUUUCAUGGAGAUGUCUCCUAGAACAAAAGUCCUACAAUUGGAUCCCACCCUCUGCAUUUCAUUCAACUUUCAGUUUGAACGCAUGGCAAGCUAUAUUAGAAAUCAACAGUCCUGAAACUCAUGUACAAUGGUACCUCGGGUUACAUACGCUUCAGGUUACAGACUCCGCUAACCCAGAAAUAGUGCUUCAGGUUAAGAACAGUUUCAGGUUAAGAACGGACCUCCGGAACGAAUUAAGUACCGAGGUACCACUGUAUAUUAAACAAUGCAUGUUUAAUAUAAUAUAAAGACUGCCAUUCUAAAUAUACCUAAUGGGGUUUUUCCAAGUUAAUAUGCAUAAGAUUGUGGGCUGAUUAACCCAGGUUGCUAGGUGUUUAGAGUUGGGGGGGGUAUUGUUAAUGGGCAGCAGGGUAUAUACCCUUGCAAUAUUCAGAGAGAGAGUGUUGACUCUUUUUGCCCCAGUACAUGCUGUUUCACCUGAGUAAUGAGAACAUCAGCUUGCAAACGGCACUGCAAGCUUUGCACAUGCUCUGUCUGGGCGAUGGAUUCUCAUUCAUCUGCGGAGACUUCAGUUUAAGCACGGCAUUCUUGCAGCUGACGCUGCAUUCUCAGCAGUGCCCUUCUCAGACACAGGAUGAAAGAUGGUUUAUUUUCCCUGUGAAAUGAUGGUACCUUAGGUCAUUUCCAAUCAACAUUUUGAAUAGGGUCUUUUACAGAUGGAAGAUAUUGUUCUUCGUACAUGACUGGAGUGUGGUUGCCUUUCUGAUAAGCUGCAGCCAUAAAGCAAAUUUAAUCCAGAAAGGAAGACUGGCGGCAGCAAUCAUUGAAUGCGUUGUUUACUGGUGUAAUAUAUGGGCUAUUGCUACGGCGAUUGCAGAGGUGAGGGGGGAAAUGCAAUAGGCAACCAUGGAUUUUAGUACUUCAUCAGUGUUUGAUCAACAGAAAGGUAAGCUGUUUGUUGUUAAUGCUAAUAUUCAUUCAUGCUCAUAUGCCUGUUGCUGUUGCAUUCUCAUUCACAUCAGACAGAACGUUUCAUGUUACAUGUGGGAAUUCUUAGACCAUGUGAAUUUCAUGUCAAACUGUUCAAUUCGACUAUCCGCACAUGUUGGUUUUAAAAGGGGGGUCUAUUUCAGUUUGUUUUAAAGGCAGCCAUUUCAGUAUGCUACGGAAAUGGUUAACCAAAAGAGGUAAGUUCUACGGACAAAACUGACUGUGUUUGACAUUUUCCUCAUAUUCGACAGGAGAUUUCUACUUUUGCAGCUAGUUUAUCUGCUUUCUGGGUUUUGUAAAAACCAAACUAAUUAGGCUUCUUGGUUUGAAUAAAAUAUUAUGAAUUAAGUGCAAGCAAUUGAAAAUUCAGUGGCUGGAGAUGCUCUCAUCUUUCAAUAAAUCCUUAAAUUGAUGGCAUGGAUACUGACAAACUACAAAUGUCCAAUUGUAUAUUCCAAUCCGAUAAGCAAAGGUGCAUUUUAUCCAGGAAAAGUUACUACAGAAAUAAAAUCACUUGCUCUGUAGUGUGAUGGAAGAAUUUUAUUUCUUGGAUUUCAAUUUAAUUUACUCUAUGAUUUUUUAUUCUAAGUGCCCGAUUCCAAAAUUUCAAUAACUUUUCAUAUGACUUUUGUACCCACCAAAUGAUCUGAAAUCAUGUCAGGCAUUGAUAAUGCACCCAAUUACAAGAACCAAAGAACAAGGUGUUGGUGAUCGUCCUCUGGUCCUGUGUCUGCACCUGCAAGUUGUACAUGUUUGCUAAGAAAGCAGAAUCCGGCCCACAUUGAAAGGCAUCUUGGCUCUAUGACUGCAUGAAAGGGCACAAGCAUAAUGUUAGAGAAUGAAUGCUAUCUGCUCAGUUUCUUUGCCAUGUCAAAACAGUUGUACUAUUUUAUGUAUAGACCAGUUUUCCGUGCUGAAGUCUCUGCACUAUCUAUUAAUUUUUAAGAAAAGGAUAGUCAUUCUAAUCCACUCUAGUCACUGAGAUGGGCAUGCAGAGCUCCUCUACCCACAAAAGCUUCUCCAGUUAAUUUGACCAAGGGAGCAAAACCAUGAAAGAUUUCCUUUGAGUAUGUGGAUCUGCCCACAUCAUGAAUGUGAAUGGAGACAGAGUGUGCAUAAAAGCAUAAGAACUGCUGUAUCAGACCGAAGGUCUAUGCAGUCUGGCAUUCUCUCGUCUCCAGCACACACCCAAGCACACACAAUCAGGAGAAGCAGAGAAUGAUGGAGAAUCCUUUGGUUCCCAGCAUCUUGGAAAAAGGAGUGUCUAAUAGUCUAAUUCUCUUGGAAUAAAGAAACUCAUUUCCCAGCUAAUGAGGUUAAUAGCCACUGACGUACCUGACCUUCAUAAAUUUAUCUCAUCUGUCCCUAAAGCCAUCAGAUCACUAAACCUUUGCAUCUUCAUCACAUGGGAAGGAAAGGGGGGAAGAUAACUCUGGGUCCUGGAAAGUGCCUCUGAGGAUGUGCAGAGGGCAUGCUGUGCUUCACUGAGGCUUCUGCACAUUUCAAAUUUAGGGCAAUGAUAGAAUUAGGUAAAGGUAAAGGGACCCCUGACCAUCAGGUCCAGUCGUGGCCGACUCUGGGGUUGCGGCGCUCAUCUCGCUUUAUUGGCCGAGGGAGCCGGCGUACAGCUUCCGGGUCAUUUGGCCAGCAUGACUAAGCCGCUUCUGGCGAACCAGAGCAGCGCACGGGAAUGCUGUUUACCUUCCCGCUGGAGUGGUACCUAUUUAUCUACUUGCACUUUGACGUGCUUUCAAACUGCUAGGUUUAGCAGGAGCAGGGACCGAGCAAUGGGAGCUCACCCCAUUGCGGGGAUUCGAACCGCUGACCUUCUGAUCAGCAAGUCCUAGGCUCUCUGGUUUAAUCCACAGCACCACCCACAUCCCUUUGAAUUAGAAUUAACACCUCUCAUUUUACGAAUUAAUCAAGUUAUUGCUUUUAUCAAUGCCCACACCUCUGCAAAGCUGCACGUGAGGACUAGCUUUUGCCUGUGUGUCUCCGCACUUUGUACUUGGCUUUUUCUGUAUUCAGAGACAAGGCAGACAAUAGGGAGCAACCCGUUACACUUCCCACUGUCCUCCAUUGACCUCAUCCCACCACUGGCAGUCCCCACUGCCCCCGGUAUUUGACAGUUUCUGCCAGGCUUCCAAGCAUUUGGAUAUCACAUGUUCAUCAUGCACCAGAAGAUAAUAGCAUGCAGUUUGCCUGCUUUCCGUCCCCUUCCACAGAAGUAUCCCAAUCUUUCGGAUGCUAUGGGAAUGCUGAGAGGAAAAAGAGAAGGGUAGGGGGGAAAUGAAAGCAUUUUACCUUUGGAUGUUCAUGGACAGCCAUAAAUUAAAACCUGUGCCUGCAGCUGUGUGUGAGAGAGUCUGCCUUCGUGAAAUCCAGAGCCCCAAAUGUGCAGUUGUAUGCAUGGGGGGGAGGCUGUUAUUAGACAUUAUUAUGAAUGAAUGGGAGUGACAGGGCCAGCUCCAUAUUGAAGGGAUCCUCAGUGUGGUAUCCUCUGGUAGGCCGUCUCCCUUCUCAGAGCUCCCCACCCCCUUGCUCAUGAGGCUGGUGGCAGGAGGGGAGCAGAGGAAAGCAGCUACAAAGCUGCUCUGGUGAGCACUGUGGUAGCUUGGAGCCACCAUGUAAAUGACCCUCCAGUGCCCCUGAUGCAGUAUCACUGCAGUGCAUUGUGGGAAAUCUAAAUAGUGCUCCUCUCCCCUGAAAAGAGAUGUCCAUCAGCAGGGAGCCCUGCCAGGUCAGGUGCAAAUUUUGUUUACUUAUUUGUUUGUUUAGUUAUUUAUUUAUUUAUCCUGCCUUUUUCUCCAAGUGGCUCCAGGUGGCAAACAUGGUUCUCAUACCCUCCAACUGGGACAUGCAAAAAACUGGGUCCUGUAUCUUCCAGGGGCGGGCUCCCAUGUGAGUCACGUGACCCACAUGUGAUCGUGACCUUACAAGAUGUGCUUUUUCCAGGGCUUGGGGAGGGGCUGUGACACCAAAGGUUGAUUGGAUGGACCCAGAAUGUGGUGAAUGUGUCUUUACAUGACGGUGGGUUGCCUACUGCCCUUAAACAGGAGGUAAUGCAUCCAUUCCAGAAUAUGCCCACCUACCUGUCUGCAUCUUGGGUAAGGUGGUGGACAGAGGGAUGGGUAAGACACUGCAGGAGUUCCUGGAGAAUAUGAAUUCUUUAGAUCCAUUUCAAUCUGGGUUCAGUUUUGGGAGUGAACUAGCCUUGGUCAUCCUGAUACAUGACUUCUAUCAAGAAUGGGACAGGAGGAGUACAGCUCUGCUUCUGUUUCUCAGUCACUCAGCGGCUUUUGAUACUACUGAGCAUGGCAUCCUCAUGGACCAGCUCUGUGGGAUGCGUACUGGGGGCACUGUUCAACAGUGGUUCCACUAAGGGUCAUGUCCAGAGAGUAGCACUAGGAGAUUGUGUUUCAGCUCCACGGUGUCUGUGCUGUAGUGUACCGCAGGGUGCAAAUUUGUCCCUAAUCUAACAUCUCUGUGGUGUUGACCCUGUCCAUCCAUAUGAAGCCACUGGGUGCGGUCAUUCAGACUUCUGAGGCAAAAUGUCAUCAGCAUGCUAAUGACACAUAGCUCCACUUCCCCUUAAAAUCUGAAUCAGGAGAAAGAGGUUGUACAUGAUCUGGACCAUUGUCUGGCUGUAGCAGAGGAAGGCCAUAAACUAAACUUGAACCCUGGGGAGAUAGAGGCACCGCGGGUUGGUAGUUUUCGUGUCUGAGACACUGGCACAUGAUCCAGGUGGGACAGCACUCUGGAUAUAACAGCUAUGGAGUUCGGAUCUAUCUUUGUCACUCAGAUGCCCUCAGUGUCUACAGUAGGAGUGCCUUUUGCCAGCUAUAGCUGGUGCACCAACUAUGGCCAUUCCUGGACAGGAAGAAUCUGGCCUUGUAAUAAGAGUGGAGAACCAGUUUUGGAAAUUGUUUUAAAUUGAAUUAAUUCAGUAAUGAUUUGUAAUAAUCUGGAAAAUCAAUAAAAAAUAAUUGGGGGACUGUGGCUAGCACUGCCCAUGACAGCACAUGGGCCUCUGGCUUCAUUCUCUAAACAUGUGCAUGUUCAGUGUAUCUGAAAUGGGAUGCUUUGAAAUUUGUAGCUCUGUGCAUGCCACAUAAUCAGGAUCCCCAGUCCAUCAGGGGUCUCUUAUCACACAGAACUCCUACAGGCACAAAGCUGCUCUAGAGUUGGGACCCCUUUGCAGAUGUUGUGCUGAGCAGGCAUAUGGCAAGGGAUGGUGCCAGCAGCAUAGUCCCACUGCCCCCUUCUCCCCUUGCGCCUCCAACAGAUGAAGAUGGUCUGAAGAGGGCUUACACAUAUGCGAAUGUCUUGUUGUUGUUGUUGUCUAGCCGUUUAGUCAUGUCCGACUCUUCGUGACCCCAUGGACCAAAGCACGCCAGGCACUUCUGUCUUCCACUGCCUCCCGCAGUUUGGUCAAACUCAUGCUGGUAGCUUCGGGAACACUAUCCAACCAUCUCAUCCUCUGUCGUCCCCUUCUCCUUGUGCCCUCCAUCUUUCACAACAUCAGGGUCUUUUCCAGGGAGUCUUCUCUUCUCAUGAGGUGGCCAAAGUAUUGGAGCCUCAGCUUCAGGAUCUGUCCUUCCAGUGAGCACUCAGGGCUGAUUUCUUUCAGAAUGGAUCGGUUUGAUCUUCUUGCAGUCCAUGGGACUCUCAAGAGUCUCCUCCAGCACCAUAAUUCAAAAGCAUCAAUUCUUCGGCGAUCAGCCUUCUUUUUGGUCCAGCUCUCACUUCCAUACAUCACUACUGGGAAAACCAUAGCUUUUACUGUACGGACCUUUAUCCCGCAAAUGUCUUAUCCCACUCUAAAUAUCAGUGGCACAGAACAUGUGAUUUCUUGAGCACUGACCAAAGGCCACAGCACGUAUAAAUAGUUUCAUCUGAGUCAAAGGACCAUUAGUUGCUAGGCUACCUUUCUGCUUACCAGAAAGAAAAGCGCCUCGUCUACUUGACAGUUACUGCUGUUGGCUGCAAUCAUGCAAAUCGAUGUGAGAGGAGGGAAGGGAUUGGCAUAAACCCAUUGCAGGCUUUGAUGCCUUUGAGACAUCAGCAAGUGCUGAGCAGCAGCCUUAUUGUGGAUUCCUCUUAUGUAGAAAUCACAGACUGACUAAACCACAGGCUGUUACACUUCCCUCCCGCUGUGCUUCCUCUUCUGCACAGGCCAGUGAAGCACUGCAAGAUGAAAGUGCAGGCAUAUAGCAUGGGGUAAUAUAUUGUUACAGAAAUUGGGCGCCACCCCCAGUCUUUGCCGAGUAAUAGCAAGAUUCCAGGGGGUUCUAGGUGUUCACCCAGGGCCUGUGCUGCUUUGGAGAAUUGAAGAUGAAGUGGAGACUGUGUUAUACAGUACCAUAACUGCAUCAAUGGACUGCCAAAUCCCAAGAGUUUAACCCCCUCUAAAUAUGUAUGUAUGUACAUAUUUUAAGUGUGUGUGUGUGUGUGUGUGUGUGUGUGUGUGUGUGUUGGCAGGAGCCCGUCUCCGAUGGCUAACAACCAAAAAAGAAUCUUUUAAAAAUGUGUAACUUCUUUAAAAAUUAAAGCACAUCGAAAGCAUAUAUAGCAAUCCUAGGUAAAGGUAAAGAGACCCCUGACUGUUAGGUCCAGUCGCGACCGACUCUGGGGUUGCAGCGCUCAUCUCGCUUUAUUGGCUGAGGGAGCCGGCGUACAGCUUCCGGUUCAUGUGGCCAGCAUGACUAAGCCACUUCUGGUGAACCAGAUGUCAUGGUAUUGCCAGAGAAUGAAGGGAGGAGCAGAGACAGGCAGAGGAAGGGGAGCAGGAAGUGGUGACGGAGGAAAGAAGGGAAAGCCAGGAGGAGGGACAGCUCACAGAUGUUGGACCAGAGCCUCAACACCGCACAAGAAGUUCUGGCACAGACAGUGAAACAAUGCCUAUUCUGUCUGCCAAAGAAAGGAGAGUGUUAAAGAGGAGGGGACAGAGGCAUCAUGUGAAACUUUCACGCCUUUUCUGUCGGAGAAGGGGUGGGCAUAAGGCACUCCCAGAAUCUGAGCCAGAGGAUUCGGAUGCAUGAUUGUAACGUGCUGCUUGUACAUAUGUAAAAUAAAGACUGUAUAUAUGUAUCUCUGAGUGAGCAGAGACAUUUCUUGCGAAGAGCAUUCACAAGCCAUCACACCAGAGCAGUGCAUGGAAACGCCGUUUACCUUCCCGCUGGAGCGGUACCUAUUUAUCUACUUGUACUUUGAUGGGCUUUCGAACUGCUAGGUUGGCAGGAGCUGGGACCGAGCACCAGAGCUCACCACGUCGCAGGGUUUCGAACCACUGACCUUCUGACCACAGGGUUUAGACCACAGCGCCACCCGCGUCCCUUUAGCAAUACUAAACUAAUACUAAUACCAGCAGAACCAGCAUUAAAAAUAUAUUAAACUCUUAGAUUCUAAAAGUUUUGGGAAGAAAAACACCUCCACCUUUCCCCCCCAAGCCAGGUAGAGCACACAGGGCCUCUACUCCAGGCAUGGGGACCCUGCGCCCUUCCAGAUGUUGUUGAAUCACGACUCCCACCCAACAGUCCCAGCCUGCAUGGUCAAUGGCCAGGGAUGAUAGGAAUUGUAGUUCAGCAACAUCUGGAGGGCCAAAUGUUCCCCACAGCUGUUCUGCACCAAAGAUGUCACAACAGAAAAGGCCUUGCCUAACUGCAUUUAUUAUUAUUAUUAUUAUUUGUUACAUUUAUACCCCACCCUUCUCACCAAGGUGCCCAUGGUGGCAAACACUUCUAUGAUAGAAAAAUAGUUAAAAAUAAAAUACAGCUAUAUUUUAAAACAGUUUAAAAUAUCUAAAAGCAAUUAAUCACAAUGAAAUAAUUAUUUUUUAAAAACUAAUUUAAAAAAGCAUGUGUCUGAAUAGGCCUGCUGAAAUAGAAAAGUUCUGAGUUUCUUUUUGUUUAAAAAGUGACUUAUAAGUGCAAAUCAUAAUCUUAACAAUCUAGAUCAUGAUCUGCAGCUUCCAUCAUCACCAAAGUACAUUGAAGACGUUUGGAUUGGAACAGCAAAAUGCCUGCCUGCCCUUUUAUGUUAGGAUUUGCUCCUGAAUUGCGAAAUGGUGUUUUUCUUCCUUCUUCUAUGUGACUGUCUUUAAUGUGAGGGCUGUAUUUAACCUUGUCAUCGAUCUUCUUGCAACCCCACCACCACCAAAGACAAAAACAAAAUAUUUUGUUUUCCUUGCUGCUUUUAUUCCCACAGGCGAUUCGGCAGAAGAAUUCAACUUGACUCUGGUAUAUCAAGCAGCAGCUAAUGGGGAUAUCAACACUUUGACGGCUGUCAUUCGUGAAGAUCCCUCAAUACUAGAAUGCUGCGACAGUGAUGGUAAAGCGAUUCUUUCUCUGUUUUUCAGUUGCUAAAAGUUGUAACUAAUUGCUAUGGUUCUGCUGUUUUUAGCAUCACUUUCGACAUCACAGUAUCACGGCUAGAGACUUCCUUCUUUACAAGUGAAAGAAAAGGGGUAGUGAUUACAGCAGUUCUUUUAAGACACAUUCGUCCUCCUCUCUGUUCACAAUAAUAUAUGGCACAAUCAUAUAUUAUAGCUGCACAACUCCCAGAAAGCGAAUUCUUCUCCAGUGUACCUAAUAACAAGCUGAAGGGGCUGAAACUCAGCUAGACAGCACUGCUUUGUAUGCGGAAAGUCUAGAGGUCAAAUAUUUAUUUUUGACAUUUAUAUACAGUCAUACCUCGUGUUGCAUUCCACUCUUGUUACAGACUUUCAGCUUACGAAUGCAGCAAACAGGGAAGUGUUUACUUCUGGGUUCACCGCCCGCGCAUGUGCAGAAGAGGCGCUCUAGUUGUGGAAUCCCCACUACAGGGUGAGCUCCCGUUGCUCAGUCCCAGCUCCUGCCAACCUAGCAGUUCGAAAGCACGAAGUGCAAGUAGAUAAAUAAGUACCACUGUGGCGGGAAGGUGUUUCUGUGCGCUGCUCUGGUUUCGCCAGAAGUGACUUAGUCAUGCUGGCCACAUGACCCGGAAAAACUGUCUGCAGACAAACGCCGGCUCCCUCGGCCAGUAAAGUGAGAAUAGCGCCGCAACCCCAGAGUCGUCCGCGACUGGACUUAACUGUCAGGGGUCCUUUACCUUUUUAUACCAAUUUUGUCUUCCAACAAUCUCAAGGUGGUACAUGGUUCAUUUUCCCUCAAUUUCAUCCUGACAACAACCCUGUGAGGUAGGUUAGGCCCAAGGUCACCCAACGAGCUUCAUGGCUGAGUGGGGAUUUGAACCCUGCUCUCCCAGGUCCUUUUAGUCCUACACUCUAACCAUCACACCGCACUGGCGCUCAAUCUCCACAAUCCCCAGCAUCUCCAGGAAGGUCUUGAAAAACCUCUUACCUGAAACCCUAGAAAGCCACUGCUCGCCACAGCAUACAACACUGGACCAAUGUCAAUUCAGGAUGAAGUAGCUUCAUAUGUCUAUAACUGUAAUCCUAAAUGUUCACAUGCAGUAAUGCAGACUUAACUGUGAAAAAUUGAGAACUAUAUACUAUUCGAGAACCAAAAGGGUACAGUAGAGGGGAAAUGUGUGGGAGCAACUCUGGGUUUGUUUGUUUUCAGUGUAUAAACAAUAAUGUCAUCUGUAAGAGUUUCAGGACAACUGUUCUGGAUAAUGAAUGAUGUAACAACAGGACUGCUUUACUAUUGCGUGUGACAGUUAUCCAUACGAGAAGUCAGAGGACCAUCAGGGAUGGGGGAAUAAAGAAACGGCUGGUGAAUACUUUCCUUUGCUUUGAUGGCAAAGUUCACCUUAGCAGUUUAAGCAGCAUUGCUUCUUUGCAAGAUUGUUUGCCUUGCUGGAUAAGAAAUAAAGUUUGCCUUUCAGCUGGCUGCACAUCUUUUGUUUUAAAUCCCACUGUGUUCUGUCAGUUGAGCUUACGAAAUCUGAAACACCACCGAGUUCAAUGACACCUACACUCAGGUGAAUUUUAGCAGUAUCAGUCAUUCCUUCUUGUAUCAAAAAACCCCAUGCAUGUGGGGAUGUUUCCAGCUUAGCUAGAAUUAGCUACCUGAAUUACUAAUUUUCCAUAUGCAAGGAGCUUUUGACAUGCUUCAAACAACAGUCAUUUGAGUUCCUGAAGUAGCACAGUCUAAGGAAAUCUGCAGCCAGGAAGGCUGAACUGCAUGGUUUUUCUGAACAUUUGAAUUAGCUGCUGGUGUGUAAAGACAUACCCAACAGCUGCCCUGAAUAGCCAGCACUGUGGCACAACUCUGCUGACCAGUGCCAGAGUGCCGAAUUGGAAGGUGCAUCCCUCCUGAUGUCCCAGUUUGGAGGGCAACAAUGUUGGAAGGUAUGUAAAAGAGCUAUCUGUACAUUUCUGUGCCACUCUACGUAGCUUGGUGUUCACAAUAGAAGUGUGGAAGAGGGAAGCAAAAAAAGAAAGUAAGAGGCCGGUGACUAGUUCCCCAACUAACUACUUGGAUCUAGUUAAUUAAAAAAAAAGCUGCACCUAAAAAUGAAAGUCAUGAGGCUGGUCUUCCAGUCACGAAACAUUUCUCCAUCCACAAUGGUUGCUGCUCCUCAAUCCACAGUUUUGCUUUUGAUUUGCCUCAUUCGGUUUCUGUGCAGCUUUUGCACUGCAAACAUUUGCCAACGUGCAAAAUGAUCAGUGCAUUAAUAAACAAGGGAUAAGAGACAAAAUGGUGGGCAAACGACAGGCUUAGGAGGUAAACAGUGAUGUGGAAUACUAGAUAUAUGUGUUGCAGGAAUGACUAUUAUGUUGGGCUUCUACAACAUGAGAGCUGUGAGAGGAAUUCUGGAUUGCAGGAAGCCACGGUUUGUGGGUCUAACAUCCUGUUCCCCACCCCCAUCUCUCUGCCUCAUUCUCAAGACAACAGUACUGAUUCCUUUGCCCAGGGUUGGGAGAGAAAUUUGAUUCAGUUUAAAGGUAAAUCUGCCACAUUUUCACUUUCCAAACAAUACAGUACGUGAAAUGAAAUACAAGCAUCUUCCAAAAUGUGCAUAUUCCUGAAUUUUGCAGUGAGGUUUUCCAACCAAGUUGGGUGUACAAAAAAUUAUAUACUAAAGGGCACAUUUUAAAAUGCAUAUAUUUGUGAAAAUAAAUGUAUUCUGUAGGCUUCUUUGGGAGGAGGGUGGGAUAAAAAAGUAAAUUAUCGUUAUAAUUAUAGGGGCAAUUAGUUUGCAAAAAGGCUUAUGCAUUUUAGUUAGGACUUAAAAUAAGGAAACAAAUCGUCUGCAACCCUAAGUGAAGCAGUUUGAAGCCCAAUCUCCCCCAAUUUAUUCUGCCCAAUGGGGGCAACUGGUGGGUAAGAUAAGGCAUGAAGUCACCCUGAAAGCUCUUGCUAAUGUUUAAAAUAAAAAAUCUUGAAAGGGUAGUGGGUGUAAUUUACUUUGGUAUCUGCCUCAGAUUACUUCCCUUCCCGUCCCCCCCCCCCCAAGCUAGCCAGGUGCAGAAUGAAUACACACAAACACACGUCAACUAACACAGUCAUAUAAUAUAGCUAACUUAUGUGGAGUUUGAAAUUGGAUUCUCUGAGAGGUAACAAUACUUCCAGGAGUGCAAGCACUUUUUAAAGCAAAACGAAGCACUUGAUAUACUAUACAUGUGUUUUUGUACUAAAGGUAAAGGUAAGGGACCCCUGACCAUUAGGUCCAGUCAUGACUGACUCUGGGGUUGUGGUUAGGUCCAGUCAUGACUGACUCUGGGCUCAUCUCGCUUUAUUGGCCGAGGGAGCCGGCGUACAGCUUCUGGGUCAUGUGGCCAGCAUGACUAAGCCGCUUCUGGCAAACCAGAGCAGCACACGGAAACGCCAUUUACCUUCCCGCCGGAUCGGUAUCUAUUUAUCUACUUGCGCUUUGACAUGCUUUCGAACUGCUAGGUUGCCAGGAGCAGGGACCGAGCAACGGGAGCUCACCCUGUCGCGGGGAUUCAAACCGCCGACCUUCUGAUCAGCAAGUCCUAGGCUCUGUUGUUUAACCCACAGUGCCACCUGCAUCUCUGUUUUUGUACUGUGCCUUGAACGAAAUACAUUUUUUCCUUUCCAAGGUUGUACUCCCUUGAUGCACGCUGUCUCAGGACGCCAGCUUGAUACAGUGAAAUUACUGCUGAAGAUGGGAGCCAAUAUCAACACCCAAGAUGCAUGUGGGCGCACUAGUUUAUCUCUGGCAACCUACCUGGUAUGGAGCUUUCCUUCCCCUGUACAUAGUUUUUAGGAAGUGUCAGCAACAAAAAAGCAGCAUUCUGGAACUAUUAUAGCAUAUGAUAAAUACUGGCAAAAUACGACAUUGUCAAAGGGACUGCUGACAGUUUAAAUGAGAUGUCACUAAAAAUGCAUUUGUUAAACUUGCAACAGCUCCACUAGGGUGUUUUUUUAAGCACACACAUCAUCUUCUGAAGUAAAUAUUUCCUUUGUCCAGCGUUAUGUCGAAUAUGUCUUCGUCAGAAAAAUUGUCAUUCGGUAAUCAUAUGCUGCGGAACUAGAAAUUGCAAAACAGAAGGACAUGUCCUAUAGAUUCUUCCUCCUGGUUGCUAUAAAUUAUUUCAUUGCACUGGAAAUCAUUUUUUGCAUUGUGUUCAUGGACCCCCACCAAUGCCCCCCCCCCCUAGUUCUAUGGACCACAGGUUAAGAACCCCUGCUUCAGCAGAUGUAAUGCCAUGAAACAUCAAGGAAGGUAGACCUACAAACUAGCACAACCUCUGAGGUCUUAAGAGUGCCAGAUGUCAAUUAACUCAGCAUUUAGGUCCCAAACCUAGAGAUAUAGAUUGCAGUCCUACAUCUACAUCUUACCUAGGAGUAAGACAUGCUGGAAUCAAUGGGACUUGUUUCUGAGUAGUCAUGUACAGAUUGCACUGUUACCUUUUUAAAAAAAAUAAUAUUGUUAAAACAAAUUCAUAUCCAGUACACAUAUUUUUUCAAAAAAGUUUCCAAUUUGCACAGCCUCUUUCCUUUUGAUUCACUUUCAGGGGUGGCUGGAAGGUUGCGUCAGCCUGCUGAGAAAUGGUGCCAAACAGAACAUCCCAGAUAAAAAUGGAAGAUUACCACUACAUGCUGCCACUGCUGAUCCCAAUGUCAGGUAUGCUCUUUGAAAUCACCAGACAGCUACAGAUAAUGAAUCUUUUAAUAGAUCUGUAAUCUGUAGCUUUUUCAUUAUUGCUCAUAGUGGUUAUAACAUGUUCCCUCUUAGGUAAUAAAAGAGGUUGAUAAGACUCAUUAGAAUUUCAGCCUUUUUGUAUUAUUAAUCAUACUUUUCUACCUGCCUGGGCGUCCUGUACUAAUAAUUAACUGCACAUAAAGGAUUGCUGAUGAAGCUUUUCACAGCUGUGGUGUUGCUUGCUGUACUUGAACCCUGGGGUGGUAUUUCAUGCAAGUUUUAUUCAGAGUAGAUCUAUUGAAAUCAAUGGACCAUCAAUGAUGGUCAUGCCCAUCAAUUUCUGUAGGUUUACUCUGGCUAAAACUUACAUUAAAUACCAUCCCAGGGCUGAUUCUUUAUCAGCCAUCAAAGUACAGAAGAAGUGUAUGGCGCUGCUGCAGAAGUUGUGACCAAGAGAUGUACAUAUAUAGCCACUAUUUCUAUGAAGGAUAUCCCAGUGGGCUUCACAUAUACUGUAGUUUCUGCAACAAGUGCAAUUGUGGCAACUGCAGAAACCAAUGAGUGUUCAUGAGUACAGCCUCCAUAUGGAAAAAACUAGUUCAUGCAAAUACUCUUCCUAUUUAGAAAUGUCUCUUUGCUGGGUGAACAAUGACCAGGCAUUAACAUAAUCCACACAAGAAACAAUAAAAUGGGAUGUAAGCCUUGUGUUAGUUUCUUCAGGAUUGUGCCAUGGUAAGUAAACAGCCACGAUUCCAGACAACCACAUCCAGCACUGUGCAAAAGGCUGUUAGUACAAUUCUGUAGCUAAGAUUUGCCUUGAGACUACUUUUCCUCAGUUGUGGAGAACCACUGCAUGGAACUUUUAACAAUACCAACAAGAAAUCACUUGAGACUCAUGUUAUCAAGAAAAUCCAUUGAAUUAUUGUGGUUCUUAUGGGCUGUGAUCCUGUGCACAAUUUUGUGCAGGCAAAUCCCAUUGGUUUCUGUGACUCAGAUGCAUGCAAAACCAAAGACAGUGUCAUUCUUAUUUAAUUUAAUAUUGAUUUCCUUGAAGCAGGCAAGAAGCAACGGGAGCACUUGCUUCAUUCUGUGCAAAGCACAGCUUGAUGUGGACGCAUGUAUGCAACAACACCUAAUCCAUUUUAAGGAAACAAACAGGAUAUUACCAGCGUGUGUGCUACCUCUGAUGAAAAUAUUGAACAUUGUGCUUCCAUGAGUGUAUCACACACCCAUUAUGCUUCACAAACCUCUUCCAUCCACUUCUCUCAAGCAAUCUCAAUUUUCAGUUGCUUUCCUAAUUUUCUGGCAUCCUUGUUCUUCUUUAUACACAUCAUUUGAACAGUACUCUUGAAAGGUUUCAAGGCAACCAAGAGGGCAUUAUCAUUAAAUAAAACAUCCACAGAAUAGGAGCCAGCACUGAUAUUUGGAAAGGGAGUGGUAAUUUAGUUUAGCAGCAACACAGAGAGAUCCCUGCAAAAUAAAUUUCUACAGUCCCCAUGGUAACGGGCAGACCUUUGGUCGGAGCAGAAGUGUGCCAGCUGUUCAGCUCCUUUUCAUCUGUCUUAUUAGCCCAAAUCAGCAAAAUUAGAUCUUCUGAAUAUGAUCACUCCAUUACCAGAAAGCACUGCUGAAAUGCCACAGAUCUUCGCCAUGACCAUUUGUUUUUCUCUUCAUCUUUGCUCAACAUGGCAAGGAACACAAACAGCAAUGUCCAUGUAAGAAAUCAAUGUGUAUCCAGAAUAAAAUAUAAUAUAAUAAUAUUAAUAACUUUUUUAUUAAACAAACAACUAAAUUCAGCACUAAGACAUCUCAAAUUGUGCAGCAAAAGGGUGUGUUCUGAUACUUGUAUAAAUUCAACAAAUUAAGUCAUGUUACAUCAUGUUACCCACAUUUGGUGGGGGUGCAGGGAGCAGCCCAGGAAAAGGGAAGAAAAAUAAACUUUGUUGCAUGAACAUGAACUCUGUUCCAUGGAUGGAAAGAUAGUUAGGAUCCAAGCCACCCUUUCUAUCUUUCUCCUAACACAAUUGGUGUUUUUGAGUGAUUGACAUGACCAUUUGAAAAUCCCAAUUCAUUUUCCAUUCAUGGAAAGAUAGUUACACACAUGGGUGGAUCUGUUUCAUAAGAAUAGUUCUCAUUUCAUGAACAAACUCCCUUCUGCUCAUGGAACAACAGUGUUGGAGCCCUCUCUGUGGUUUACAUAAGCCCUACAAACCAGGAUCACAAACCAUCUUCAAAAUGUGGUUUGCAAACUUGGUUUGGUGGGCAAGUGCAAAUUUGUCAGUUCAGCUGUAGUACGGCCAAGGUAUGGUUUGUCUAAAUAACUAUUUGAACUGGAACAUGCAAGAAGGAAGCAUGUGAAACAGGGCUUGUUGUUCCCAUGGUGCUAAACCUUAGUUUGAUGUUAUGGUAAAUGCAAAAUUCACAUUGCAAUAAAUUAAUGCCUCUCUUGCCAUAUCUCUUACCACCAAAAGGUAACUCAAAAAAACCAAACAUCCUGGAGUAUAUUGCUGAAUUGGGGCAAGUCUAUAGUUAUAUACUGUAGAUUUUUCCUAAUGGUGGCAUUCAUAUCCAUGAAGAUCUAUUUUCCAUCGUACAGUGGUACCUCGGGUUACGUACUUAAUUCGUUCUGGAGGUCCGUUCUUAACCUGAAACUGUUCUUAACCUGAAGCACCACUUUAGCUAAUGGGGCCUCCCACUGUCACUGCGCUGCCAGAGCACAGUUUCUGUUCUCAUCCUGAAGCAAAGUUCUUAACCCGAGGUACUAUUUCUGGGUUAGCGGAGUCUGUAACCUGAAGCAUAUGUAACCUGAAGCGUAUGUAACCCGAGGUACCACUGUAGGUUUGUUUCAUUUUUAAAAAAAUAAAUUUUUAUUUUAUGGUUUAUUAUUGUUUAUAUUUUGAAUUUGAUAUAUAGGGGGGCACCAAAAUCUUUCAGGUGUUUAGGGCCUCUCAAGGUCUUAAUCCGGCCCUGAACAUAGUCAGAUAAUUUAACUUGAGAACAAGAGGCACACUAGUGCACACAACUUGAGCAUUCCCUGCUUUGACAUGCCUAUCCUAGAGUAAGAAAACAAAUCCUGGAGCAGUUGCCUUAACCUGAUGUGUCAGCCAGCACUCAUGCUUUGUUUCACCCAAAUAAACCAUGAACAGGAAACCAAUGAUGACCCCUGGCUUCUUCUUUGUUUGGAGAAAAACCAUAAGCCCUGGUUUGCACAUAAUGCUAAGCCAGUUGCUUCUCCCCUUUAGCAAGGGACUAUAGAGGGAGGAGUGCUCGACUCGCGACGGGACAGCGAAAAGUGAGGCCGCGUGGCUGGCGCAGCAGCAAGUUAAGCUGCCGUCCACGCCCCCUCAAGCCACCUGGUUGGACGCUUGCCCAUGGGCGUGGUGUGCCAGCCAGGUGAGUGGGUGGCAGGGGGCUAACGCCCCCUGCUUGUGGCGGAGAUCGGCUCCUGCCCACUACCCCUCCCCUCUUUGCAGGAGGAGAGUCUUUAUCAUUGGUGGUGUGAUAAUUUUUUAUUUAUUUUAUAUUCUUUAUUGAAAAAUGAAAAGAAUAAAAUACAAGUGCAGAGUAAGACACAAAAAAGAAAAAGAAACAAGGUCUGGUUAACUACAAUAACAAGUUGUCCAUCCCCCCUUCUUGUAAUGUACACAAUAUCUUUUUUUCUGUUUCGUUUUCUACAUGGGUAUUAUUUCUUAUUUUUUAACACAGUGUGAUAAUGUGACACUGGAUCUGAACCAUAUUUGGGGAAGUAUGUGAACAAGGCCAUUGACUUUAAGGUUCUAGCUUUUAGGCUUAUACAGUACUGUUAAAAACAUUGUUUAAUUAAAGCUUCAGUAAGUUUAUUGUGCUAGUCAAAGGCCGUGACAAAAGCAUAGAAACUCAAACAAUUAAUAAAGUUAAGUACAUUUAGGUUCCAUUGACUUCGUGAAGUGAAAGCUAGGCACAUGUUUAAUUGUUAUGUCACUAUGACAUAAAGUUGCUUCGUCCUUACUGAAAUGGGACCAUGACUUCCUCUGAAUUUUGUUUUGCCUUUUAUUUUGACGUGGAAUGUCACUUUAUCCUCCUCAGGCUUUUAUCUGUGCUGCUACAGCAAUCGGAUCUCAGCGAAAUCAACCACCAGGACAAUGAGGUAAGCAAACUAGUAUCCCCUAAAUUGUUGUGUGGUGUAUAAAGAUUGUUAUUGACGGGUGAAGGAGUGUUUCAUGCUUAACUCUAGCCCAAUGGUUGCCAUUAAUCUGAUUUGAACUGAUUUUAUAAUGAAAUGAUUUUAGAAUGUUGUAUCAUUUUACUAUUGUUAGCCACUCUGAGCCUGGCUUCGGCUGGGGAAGUCAGGAUAUAAAUAAAAUAUUAUUAUUUAUUAUUAUUAUUAUUAUUAUUAUUAAUCUGAGGGUUGGUUCACACAGACAUUUAGCAUCCACUUGGCCACUGCUAUUUUUCUAGAGAAAGAGGUGUGGAAGUCACCAUGAAUGCUUCCCUUGUUCUCUUAUAAUGGCAACGGCACCCAACUGAGAGGUGCCGGAACUGAGUUCCAGUGAGUUCUGGACGGAAAAAAGCUCUGCACUUGGCCAUUGUUGUUUUCUGUCCAGACUACACCAUGCUUGGUGAAACAAGCCAACUGAACUGUUUUCAAUGACUGUAAACUAGGAUUGAACACACGGAAAUACUGUUAUAGUUUGUGGGCGUCAGUCUGGAUGCUAUCAGUAGGUCCCUUCCAAACAUGUGAUCCUGUAUUUGUGAGGUUAUAAGCUAUAUGAGGAAACCUGCUGAACUGGUCAGACCAGUUUCUUUGUAAAAUAAUGGCCUUAGCUGGCAAGUUAAGUACUUCCAUUUACAUGUCCAAAAAGAUUGAUUGCCCUGUGGCCAUAGAGACAAAUGAGUGGGCCUUUUCUCAGCUCACCUGGCUGGCUGCCAUGUCAUCCUAAGAGGGAUAACAAUAGGUGAAGGGGAGCUGAGUUUAUGUGAGUUUUGGCUUAUGCUAGAAGCUAGAGACACAGAGACUUGUCUUGCUCUGUGCUCAGGGAACCUAAUGGGGAAGCAAGACCUGUGCAGAUCCCUUCCAUCCUAUGUUCAGGUUGUAUACAGUAUGUGUACAAAUAAAGCCAUCCUAGGCUCGAGCUAGACACAUCAAAGAAGUGUUUCAGGAAAACACACUGUAAACUUUGUAUGAGAAAUCGCGUUGGCAAAAAUGGAACUCCACAGUGCCAUCUGGUGUCACAGUGUUAUAAUGCAUGUACCACGCAUAUAAAACACUCUUUAUUUACCAAUCUAGCUGAGUUCUUAGUCUCCAUUCCAAGGAAACUGCACCCUGGGUAAGCACUGACACCCUGGAGUCUCUCAUCGAUUGGUGAUUGGGAGGCACACAUCAUUACAGUUGCCUCUAUAUUCAGAGAUCUGUGCCAUUGCUUAUGUAGCCAUAAUGGUGCCAUGCACAAUAGGGAGGUAUUAGCAGAAUCAAGAAAACACCCAGAUUUACGGACAUUAAAAGGGGGGGGGUUAAAAAAGCCCAAUGAGGACUAAGCAUGGCCAAGGAGUGCUGGGCUGAGGCACAAGGCCCAGUGAGAUAACCUGUUUAUCAUUCAUCCUGAUUUGCUCACACAAAUCUUACACAGUGGUUAGACUCUGCUUGGCUUUAUUGAGCUUUAAUUCUAGUUUGUUUAUGGGGUGAUUAUUGCACAAUGAGCAUUCAUCCUGUUAUGGUGACUGGGUGUUUGCACAUCUUCCCAUUAAUCAUCCAUUCAUAGAAUCAUGGAACUGUGGACUUGGAAGGGACCCCAAGAGUCAUCUAAUCAAAUCCCCUGAAAUGCAGGAAUCUCACACUUUUCAGUGCAUAGCUCUGUUACUUUCCUAACCCCCCCCCCAAAAGGCCAGGGUGAUUUUUUAAAAGUGGGUUUGUUGCACUAGGUCAGGGUUGGGGAACCUUUUUCUCCUGAGGGCUACUGGGCAACCAUCUCAAGGCCACAUGCCGGACCAGGGACAGGGGCAAAAGUGGGUGCAGCAAUUAAUGUAAAUGUUACUUUUGUCCAAUGGGCUACUUUCACCACACAUUCAAACGCCCCUCUAACCUCCAUCCGGGACAGGAAUAGGCAUCCCCAGAGUUCAAAGACACAUUCCAGGCAGGCAAAGGCCUUUGGGGUGCGAAUCAGGGGUGUGAAUACCACCACACCACCCCCUGUAAAUCAGUGCAAAGUCUCCACAGAGGUAGUGUUAGGUCCAGGCAGGAUGGCGGUUGCUUUUGGCUCCCUCAUAGACACAGGCAGAUCUGUUGUUUCAUAACCUUAUUAUCCCUACUUCUAGGGCUGUCAUGCAUUGCCCCAAGCUUUGAUGUCCUCGGUUGUGAUUUUCAGGGGAUGACGUCUCUUCACUGGUCUGCGUUCCACAAUCGACCCCAGCACACGCAAAUUUUGCUGCAUAAAGGAGCUGAUCCGGUGUUGGUGGACAAAGAUUUUAAAACAGCUCUUCACUGGGCAGUCCAGGUAUAGUACGGUUGUCAAAAGCAAAUGUGUCUCUUCAUUUGAUCCUGUUGUGUUCCAUAAUGUGAAACCACUGAAAGUAAAAACAACAACAACAAAUGAGUACAGUGGUACCUCAGGUUACAUACGCUUCAGGUUACAGAUUCCGCUAACCCAGAAAUAGUACCUCAGGUUAAGAACUUUGCUUCAGGAUGAGAACAGAAAUUGUGCUCCAGUGGUGCGGCGGCAACAGGAGGCCCCAUUAGCUAAAGUGGUGCUUCAAGUUAAAAACAGUUUCAGGUUAAGAAUGGACUUCCAGAACAAAUUAAGUACUUAACUCGAGGUACCACUGUAAUCUGUAAAAUGAGCAUGGGAAGUAUAUAUUUCUCAGGAUCCCAAAUCUGCCUGGGGAUCUAUAGAACCUUUUUCUUAAGAGUUCAUCCAGUUUUGUUUCUCAGACACACCAUUUGUAGCUAGGGAAGCAGAGGAAAGAAUGCGACCAGGAUUUUGCCAUAAGGACAGAUUUUUUUAAAAAAAAAGAAUUAUUUCGCCUCUUAUAAAAAGGCAUAGAAUUAUGUCACUGUUUGUUUUGAAUAUGUCAGCGUGAGUUACGUUCAUACACCCACAGCUACCUUCAACAUUCAAAGAAAUGAUUCACCUUUGUACAAACCGGCUCACCACAAAGGCUGCUUAAUAAAAAGAAAUGUAAAAUCACUGGCUUGUGGUUGAAAGCGGGGUGGAAAUGGAAUGUACCACUGGCUUAAAAGACACCUGCUAAGAUCCAAAAAUAUACAUUUGCGCAAAGGCUUCAGCCAGGUCCCCCACCGGCACAUAGUGUAUUUGAACAAAUGCCCAGCAUGAACAGAGAAGUGCCAAGCCAGGCAGCUACAGCUGCCAUCAACACCAGUAUCCACAAUGCCUCUGGGGUCUGCCUCCAAUUUAGUGUCCCUCUCUGGUGGUCCAUUGAGGCCCAAAGGUGAUCCAAGUAACUGAAGAUGGAAGCUACAGGUGCCUGACCCAGGGCUUCUCUUCACAGCACAGGACUGAGGGAGAACUGGAUGGCAGGAGGUAAAGCUGCUGCUUUCAGGGGCUCUCAUCCCCAUUGCUACCCACCCCCCGCUGCCACCAGCCUCCACCUGUCCCUGUUGCAUCUGCUAUCUGGUAAGCUCAUCUGGGAAAUCCCUAAAAGGGUGGUGUUUUGGGGGGGUCUAGGGGCCCCCUGGGAUGUGCUGUGGGUUAAACCACAGAGCCUAGGACUUGCUGAUCAGAAGGUCGGCGGUUCGAAUCCCCGCGUUGGGGUGAGCUCCCGUUGCUCGAUCCCUGCUCCUGCCAACCUAGCAGUUCAAAAGCACAUCAAAGUGCAAGUAGAUAAAUAGGUACCACUCUGGCGGGAAGGUAAACGGCGCUUCCGUUCGCUGCUCUGGUUCACCAGAAGGGACUUAGUCAUGCUGGCCACAUGACCUGGAAGCUGUACUCUGGCUCCCUCGGCCAAUAAAGGGAGAUGAGCGCCGCAACCCCAGAGUCAGCCACGACUGGACCUAACAGUCAGGGGUCCCUUUACCUUUACCUAGGGGCCCCCUACCCCUUCACACCUGGCUCAGGAAGUUUUUAACUUGCUUUUUCCUUCUUUGAACAACAGGCCCUUAAGUCUUAAAGUGAAUCCCUUUUCUGAAUCUGUUUUAAAAGUGUUUUGCUAUGCUUGACAGGGCACUGUUUUUCCAGUCCCCUUUGGGAGCACAAAACUAGUUCAUUGGAUCCUGGCCAUCAUUUGCUAUCUACCCAUUGGGAUCAUUUUUUUUUUUAAUGAUGCUGCCAGGGGACAUAAGCAGAGCUGGGUGAAAUACAUAUGGUUGAGCAAUCUAAAACUGUAUUUCAAAUGGGCAUUAAAAAUAUUUUAUUUGUGGUACAGUAAUACUCAGAAUGGACUCUAGGUUUAGAUUCCUCUUGAUAAAAAAGAGCAGUGGAGACCUAAAGUGUCUCUGUAAUGUUUGCUCUAUUUACAAAUACUCAAGCAGAGCUUACGUGGAGACAAACAAAUAGCAGAUCUGCAGAGAAACAUGGAGACUCCAAUGAGCUUCACCUUCAGCUGACUCAUAGCUCUCUCUGUCCCUUUCUUUGUAGUAUCACAUUCAAAACUCAAAUCUGCUCUUUUGCAGUCUCUCUGGCCCUACCCUUGCGCUGUAAAUGUGUCAUGUUCUCCAAGCUGUGGUGGCGUCUCAUUCAAAACCGUAAAGAGAUCUCCAGCUAUGAGGAGAACUUAAUCAUUGGCUCCCAUUGAUAACAUAUAAACUGACCGUUUACCACUAUUCAGAAGCAACCCACCCGACAGAAGCACUUCUAACACCAGUUUUGCAAAGAUUUGACUAAGAGAAGUAAAACAGAUUUAAAAGGCACUAGUUAUAGGGAGGGAUGCAUUUAUCAAAUCUAUUGUAAUAGAUUGAAUAUUCUCACCCUGAUUCCUCAGGUUUGAAGAACCACUUUUCCCAACAUCUCUCAUUCUCCCUUGAUUCACCCCCUAAUCAAUCUUCUGGUUUGUCAUCCUGGGAUGUUGUUGGCUCCUGGGCUGCCCCUUGCCUUCCAAGUUCAUUUCUGGGCACAAUUCAAAGUGCUCCCACUAAUGAUUAAAGCCCUAAACAACUUAGGCCCCGAAAUCUCUGAGUGACCACCCCCACAGACACCCCCCCAGGGUGUUAAGAUCAGCAGAGAGAGCCCUCUUGGUAGUUUGACUGCCCUCAGAAGUUCAGUGGGGUGCUGCCUCAGGAAAGGGCCUUCCCUGGGGCAACCCCUAAGUUGUGGAAUUCCCUCCUCGCAGAGGUGUGGCUGCCACAUUCACUAUACAGCUUCUAGCAAAUGCUGAAGACAUGGCUCUUUACCAUGGCUUUCGACACCUGAUAUGUGUGUUUUGAGGACCCACCCUAUUCCUGUGACUGUAAUUUGUUUUAACCGUUUUGAAUACUGAAUUUUAAAUUGUUGUAAUCUGCCCCAGAACCUACUAGUGAAGGGCAGGUAGUAAAUUUAAUAAUAAUAAAGCAACAAGGCUGGACUCAUAGCAACCACUUUGAUGAAGAAAGGGUAGCUGUGGUACUUUCUGCAUUAGAGACUACUGUAUUAUUUCCACAUCUCACAGUUGUUUGUUUGUUUGUUUGUUUGUUUGUUUGUUUGUUUGUUUGUUUCUCCCCCUCCCCGCUUCCUCCCAAAGAAGCUCAGGGCAGGAAACAGACAAGUAAUAAAACCUAUCCUGCUGCCAACAGGAAUUUUUUCCUACCGUUAACAACAAAUUGUCUUCUAAAGCACAAGUUACCAUUCAGCGGGGGGGAAACCCCUGAAAAUGCUCUAUUCGUGAGUCUCAAACUCUGAUUGACACUAUAAAAAGGUAAAGGGAUCCCUGAUCAUUAGGUCCAGUUGCGGACGAUGCUGGGGUUGUGGCGCUCAUCUCAUUUUACUGGCCGAGGGAGCCGGUGUACAGCUUCCAGGUCAGCAUGACUAAGCCGCUUCUGGUGAACCAGAGCAGCACACGGAAACGUCGUUUACCUUCUCGCCAGAGUGGUACCUAUUUAUCUACUUGCACUGGUGUGCUUUCAAACUGCUAGGUUGGCAGGAGUAGGGACCGAGCAACGGGAGCUCACCCCGUCACAGGGAUUCAAACCGCUGACCUUCUGAUCUGCAAGCCCUAGGCUCUGUGGUUUAACCCACAGCGCCACCCGCGUCCCGCUACAUCAGUUUAAAUUUAAUUAACAGACUGGUUGAAAGCUAAAUAUAAAGCACAUGCCUUUGUAGUGCAUGAGGGAACAUCACAAACACACAAAGUUAGUAGGAGCAGGAGUUGCUGUUCAUUACGUCUUCUUCUUUGCAAGCACACACAUAUAUGGUUGGUUUUCAGAGUGGCAAUCGGAUCCUUUGCUCUAUCAUCCUGAGCCACCGCCAGGGUCCGUCGAUCAUAAACUACGACGAUGAGAACGGGAAGACUUGCCUCCACAUUGCUGCCGCUGCAGGAUACAGCGACAUUAUCAGUGAGCUGGCUAGAGUCCCAGAAUGCAACCUGCAGGCCCUCGACGUGGAUGACAGGUGACCAUGGAAACCAACUGAAAAGAGCUGCAGAGCUCUGGCAGGGGCCCUCGUUGUUUUUUGACCUACAGUGAAGGAGGUUUGGCGGCUUUCUUAUGAAACGUGUCCCCUAAUGAAAUGAUACUCUCCAUGGAUCCUCCUUGCUCAGCAACAACUCAGCAAGUGGGUUCCUUAACCUUUACUGUUACGGUUCUGUAAAGGAGAAAAAGCAAGUGUUUUUGGAAGGCGUUUCUUAACGUUGUUUGCUUAAAUGUUGGCCAGAGUUGAUUUUGUGGCACCACGGCUCAAUAGGGAGGAGGUUUGUGAGUUAUUAUCUAAUAAGUAAUAAGGUAAAGGAGGAAGUGCUUCUUGCACGUCUGGGGUUUAAAAGGGAAAGGUUUACAGGGUAGACGAUAGGAAUCUCAGGUAGGCUUUUGCCCUUUCAAACAGAGGGCUCCUUCAAAUUGGGAGCCGUCUUCUGACAGCCCUUCAAAUAGAGGACAGUCCCCUGUAACAUGGAGCGCAUGGCCUCCCUAGGUCCCAGAAGCUCUCAUUUUAUUUUAAAAAGUCUACUGUAAAAAGAAGAAAAGCCCACAAUAGAUAAGCAUUUGUGUUUUUAGAACCAAAAGUCAGUAUAGAAAUAUUUUAUAAUUUUUAAAAAAGAGUUUCAAGAUAUAAGGAGAUCUUUUUUUUUAAUUGUUAAGAAUGCUUUAACACUAUGGUGUAAAAGCAUAUAAUAUCCGUUUUAUAAAAUAAAGUAAAGCUCAUGUAAAUGAUCUUGGAGCACUGAGGUUAAGCAGGUGUGGACUGGGUAGUUUUUCUGGAUUGGAGACCGUUAGGAGCCCCAUGUAAAAGUUGAAUGCAGAAAUAAUAAACAAACUUUUUAAAAAAACAAACCUCUCUCCAAAACACAAUUUAACACAGAGAAUUCAAUCUUCAAAUAUUUGUGCUGUGAUGCAAAACUUUGAUCUCAGGACAAAGUCCUACUGGCAAAUCUCAAAUUACAUCCAUGUGUGAGAUCUGCAAAUAUAAUAUUGGCUGUGCUGCCUAAAUCCAGGUUUCUUUGGCUGCUUAAUGUUCAAAUUCAACUCUUUUGAAGUAGAGUCAGAGGAACAAUGGAGGUGGUAUUUCACAGGCAAGUAUCAAGAAGAUUAACUGGACCUGACUGCAUCUCAUGAGCUCCAGGAAUCUUACAAAGUCGUGCUUUGUAGGAAGUGGUGAACUACUAUGUUGCCUCUGACAUGUAAUUGCAUUAAAAUGAACAGUUGCCAUGCCUCAAAAAUCCUGACUCCAUAGAGGCGCUCCACCUCCUCAGCUGGUUGUUUUCGUCUGAAUUUAAACAGCACAAAGCUAUAAAAUGAUUUGUUUUUCUGCUCUCUAGGACACCUUUGCACUGGGCUGCAGCAGCAGGAAAAGCUGACUGUGUAAAGGCCUUGUUACAACUGGGGGUGGAUUGCAGCCCAAGAGACAUCAAUGAGAACACCCCCCUGACCUAUGCUAUGUACUGUGGGCACACAGCAUGCAUCAAACUGCUGUCCCAAGAGAACAGGUAAAAACCUUCCCUUUUCACUUCUCCCAAAAUAGCAAAUAGGAAUAAUUUUAACCUUGGAGCUUAUCAGGUUGUCCCUUACUGUAGUUUUCCUUACAGUAACCCCUUACUGUAGUUUUUGAGAGCCAGUGUGGUGUAGUGGCUAAGAGCGGUAGACUCGUAAUCUGGGGAACCGGGUUUGUGUCUCCGCUCCUCCACAUGCAGCUGCUGGGUGACCUUGGGCUAGUCACACUUUUUUGAAGUCUCUCAGCCCCACUCACCUCACAGAGUGUUUGUUGUGGGGGAGGAAGGGAAAGGAGAUUGUUAGCCACUUUGAGACUCCUUAGGGUAGUGAUAAAGUAGGGUAGUGAUAAAGUGGGGUAUCAAAUCCAAACUCUUCUUCUUCUUCUUCUCUUCUUUCCCUGAGGACCUUCACCCUGCUUCCCCACUUCCCACCCAACGUAAUAGCCACACCAUUGCAAACUGAGUUGCAAAGAACAUAGGAAGCUGCCUUAUACUGAGUCAGGCCAUUGGUCCACUAGCUUGGUGUUGUUGGCACUGGCUGGCAGCACCCCUUCAGAGAACGAGACAUGAGUCUCUCACAGCCCUACCUGGAGAUGGCAGGGAUUGAACUUGGCACCCGUCUGUAUGGAAAGCAGAUGCUAUAUCACUGAGCUAUGUCACUUUUCCAGAUUCUAUUUUUGAGUUGAAACUAUUCUGUGAGGUCAUUUUUUUUUUAAAAAAAAAAGAAAACCCUCCUGAAAAUUCAUCAGCAUUUUACAGUUAAUUUCUCCCAACAAACACAUUUUAUGUUCAGUUUUGACUAAUGUUCAUAUUUUUGCAAGCUAUUUCUCUUAAUAUAAUGUGAUUUUCCAUGUUAUUCUCACCAAUUUGGUCACUUUCAUGAACAUUUCCCUCUAAUAUAUGUAUUUUUGUAAACAUUGGUUGGCAAACUGCAUGGUAAAAUUCAGAUAAAUGCAAAAUUCAAGCAAUAGCUGUGUUUCAGUUUGCAUAUUGCUUUAGAAAGUGUGAAUUUGAUAGAUUCUGCUUUAAAUGAGAACCUGAAUCAAAUUUCUUCCUCAUCCCUAGUUGUAACAGCAUUUGUGAUGAUUAACAAAACUCUCCACAAUACCAGUGCCAUUUUGAGAACUAUUUUCAUAUUGUGUUAUUGUGUUUUUAGCCUCAAGUACUUUCCACUAAAGCUUAGAAUAGGGGUGUUGAACUACAUCAUCCCUGACCACAGCCCUGAGGCAGGUGGAAGUUCACCAAUAUUGGGAAGGUCACAGGUUCCCCAUCCCUAAUUUAGAAGUUGUGAGGACACUGUCAUUAUAUAGUUUAGUCACUAGGUUUCAUUGCACUUAAUUGCAUCUGGGUGGAGCAUGGGUAGGCAAACUAAGGUCCAUGGGCUGGAUCAGGCCCAAUUGCCUUCUGGAUCCGGCCCAUGGACGGUCCGGGAAUCGCCGCAUGGAUUGCCAGCACACACGUUCUUUCCCUCUCCCUCACACGGCGGCAGCAGCGCCUCCUCCCUCCCUCCUCCUAUCUUCUCCCCGCCCUGCCUAGAGGAGGAAGGGGGCUGGGCUUUGUUGGUGCCAGCAGCAGCAGUGCUCGAGCGGCCACCAUUUUAAGCAGCCCCUCUCCGGAGCCCUUUCGCGGCUGCUCAUUGUCCCGCCACCGCCGGCCCCUGCCGCUCGCAAGAAAAGGUAAGCAGCCACUGGGGCUUGUGGUGCCUUGGAUCAUUUUUUCCCCAAAAUAUAGUCUGCCCCCCCCACAAGGUAUGAGGGAUAGUGGACCGGCCCCUUGCUGAAAAAGUUUCCUGACCCCUGGGGUGGAGUCAGGAGUUGGUGCUGCUAUGCUCUUGUUUAAAAGAGACAAUAAAGUUUUUGUUGUACUUCCUGACUGGAGAGUCCUCUAGCUUUCCAUCAGAGAAAGGCAGUGGUUUUAUUAACAUUCAAGUAGUGAACACAAACAAGGCUACCUUCCUCUCACAUCAGUGCCGCACAUAUAAAACAAAAAUGUACCUUUUGCUUUAUAUGUUUGUAGUUGCAACCCCAGGCUUUAUAUACACCAUACAUUUAAAGCACACACAAAAUCCUGGGAACUGUAGUUUACCCCUCCCAGAGCUACAGUUCCCAGCAACCUUAACAAACAGUGCCCAUAAUUCUUUGAGGGGAGAAAUGUGCUACAAAUUUGCUUCAAAGGUAUCAGGAAGGAUUCAGCUAAUGAGUCCUGUCAAUGGAAUCUCUGAGCAAGGGCAGGUUAUAAAUCUGAACUGGAAUUUGUGAGACUAGAAUCAGCCAGUCAUGCAGUCUUUGUUCACUGUUCUAAAUUAAGUUCAGAAGAAACAAACAAACCCUAGAUUAGGUUUCAGUUUACAUAAUCCUCAAUCUGAUACAUAUCACAUUCAAAGAGUCACGGACUAUAUACAAAAGAGAGUUCUUUAGAUAUCUAAGUGCAGUUUGAGAGAUCUACCUUUGCAUGCACAUUCAUUUUUUUCUGUCCCUUAAUAGUUUCUGAUCAAACAUGUUUUGCAGGUUUUAGUAGUACUUCAAGAACCUGCAAAGCCUGUUUUGCCAGAGAUCAAUUGAAGCAGGCAAAAUUAUGUAUACCCAAGGAGUCUAUCAUAUCAUCAUUAGGUACAUCCUUAUAGCUGUGGUGGUUGUCCAUUUGUUCUGAGUUACUGCCAGAUUCACUUGCAAAAGAGGUUCAUGGUUUUCUUUAAAAUACCACCACGUACUGAAAAAAAUCAUUCUGGAUACAAGAUUUAACAAUCACACAACUGCCCUACUAAAUGGCAAUGCACUAUGAAUCCUCUGUGCCUUUCGUAUCAAUAUGCUCUCCAUUUUUGAGGACAGUCAUCUAUGAAGGUGGAAAUUUAGCAAUGUUUCCCCCCCGUCUUCUGAAUAUUACAUUUCUCUGCCCUUCCCCACCCUCCGGUUAAUGACUACAACUAGCCUUCUUUCCUGUGCUGUGAAGUGUGAGAGUGAAAAUGUUUAAGCCUCUUUUCCGAUAAAUUUUCAGCAAACUGCAGUACACUUCCUGUAAAGGUUUAGCAGAAGCUCACUACUUUGAGAACAAUCCUCUUGCUGCAACCGUACAGAGUUUAGGAUAUUGGUUGGUUGGUGGGGUUUUUUAAAGUUAAAACUAGAACCCACUCCCAGUGUUAUAGAGCUGCAAAACUAUGUUGUUUGUUGAUUAAAAAUAAAAAUCUCAUUAUGCCAUAAUCCUGAGAUCAGGCAUUAAAAUUGUAUAAAUGUAGCUGGUUCUCUUAACCAGCUUGUGAGCUUCAACUUUAUCUAUGUGUAACAUUUUAUUUAAGAUAAACUUUUUUCGAAUAUUGGAGAAUGCUGCUGGGAUAUAUGUUUAUCAUGACUUAGCAGACAUAUCAAUAGGUCUAAAAAUAGCAUACCAGUUGAAAAAUGAAUAUUAAUUCCGUGUACUUUCACUAUUGCAAGAAUUUUAUCUGCAGAAAUGUAGAAACAUCCUUUUUAAGUUUAGGAAGUAACUAUUGCACAAAUUAUGGGAAUGGACUGAAAUUCUUAAAUUAACAGUUAUAUUGAAAGACCUAACAGGAUUAUGUUGCAAAAAGUAACCUAUAGACAUGGAUCCCUGUGAUUAAAUAUAUUAGACAGAAGUUAGUUUUUAAAGGAACAGAGGUAGAAUUAAAGUACUCUGAAUUACUUUUUGUAUGUUCAGUAUGUUUGUGUGUGUUUUUGUGUGUGUGCAGAUAAAUUGGUGUUGUAUAAUAAUAAACAUAAUGAGUAGUGUUAAACCUGAUUUUUGAGAAUAGAAGUAUAUGAUCUUGUGAAAAUUGCAAAAGUUGGGAUAUAAAUUUGUGGGCGGAAUUACAUGUUUUAAAUAUGGGUAUGAUGGGUGACAGUGUUUAUUUAAUAGUAUUUUAAUUAAAAAUAUUUUUUCAAAAGUCUCAAGUUUCGUUUUUGUUUUUUAAGUAGAGAUUCUAAAGCACUAUAGUUUUCUUCUCUCACCAUGGAUUUGUUUUUUAUUAUUCUUAUUGUUAUUAUUAUUCUUUAAAGAUCUGAGUUUGUCCAUCAAGUUUCCAACCAGAACAAUAAAUUCCUGAAGAAGGAAGGCAAAUUCAGCAUGCUUAACCAAAUAUUCUGCAAAAAGAAGGAGGAGGAUUGGAAGUCAAACCCAAAAGACAAGAAAAGAGAGAGAUCUCAGAGGGACGAAACCUCGGAGGUGGAUGACAUUAUCACCACAUUUGACUGCAUUAUGGAUGCCAGCUGCAAAGGCUCCUCUGAGGAAUGUGUCACAGCGAUUGACUUCAAACGAAGAAGCGCGGACACCAAGAAGUACCUCAUCUCAGAGAAUAACCCCUCAGACUGCAAUGGCCUUCCACCAAUAAGAGCCCAGAGUCUCCCGCCCAUUACUGUGGGUCAUUCUUUUUUAACAGCUUCUCACACGACAACCCCUAGCAUGAAUUUGGGUACUGACAUCCACCAUUUUGUACACCGGUCCCAAAAAAGCAGAAGUGAGCAUGAUUUGUCAGAUCAAAGGAGCAGCCGCCAAACCCUGGACAAUCCUUGGAAAGUUGACACUAACCAAAUACUCACAUGUAAAGUCUGGACAGCAAUGCCUUCUGAUAAUAAACUGGUAGACGGAUUGUACCCGGAAAGAUCCAGUCAUGUGCUGUUGUGCCCUCCCCAUCUUCCCCACCUGCCCAAUUCUCCAUCAGGUAAUUUCCCCCCUCCUCUCUGUAUUUAUUGCAUGUGAUCCACGAAGGCCCAUAAGUGCUUAGAAUGGCAUCAUUGCAUGCAGCAGUCAGAGCCGUGCUUAUUGUUCUCAGUAUGACAGUUUCCGUACUGAAGAGUCAAGCCCCUAUUAAGCUGAACUGUGGCUUUUUUCUUCAGAAGUGGGAAUGAAUAAACCCCACACAGUUCACAGCAUUCUCUUCCACACACUCGUCAUCCGUCCUCUUUUUGGACAUAAUAAUGCAUAUACUCUUUUAGUUCUCAAUACUCAAACCAGGGGAUCAAGGAAGUAGGAUGGUUUUGUUUCAAAUAAGGCCAGAUCCAUUCCAAGCACUGGUUUAGCCAUAGCAUUACUAUAAUACCAUUUCAUUCCUUUUAUAUUACUUUUCAGUAAUAAAAAUUACAGUUUUGUUUGUUUUUAAUAAUCAAAUUCUUAAUUUAGCGCCACCUUCUGUUACCAUCAUGCAUGGAUGGCCAAGUUACAAUGUAAGCCUUUAUUCCAUACAGAUAUCUAAAUUAAUGGGGAGUGGAUUUGCACAUGUACUAAUGUCUCCAUUUGUGAAAUACCAUCCUUCUUUCUAUUCGUCUGGCACCAAACUUCACAGUUAUUAGGAACCUGGUAAUAAUUGUUUCAUUUUCCCAGCCAGGUUUUUUAGCUGGGAUGGAUGAGUUUGAAUAUUUUAAAUAUACAGCGGUACCUUGGUUGUUGAACUGUUGUUCUGGGAGUCCGUUCAACUCCUGAAACCGUUCAGAAACCAAGGCAUGGCUUCCGAUUAGCUGCAGGCGCUUCCUGCACUCAAGCGGAAGCCGCGUUGGAUGUUCAGCUUCUGAAAAAUGUUCACAGACCGGAACACUUACGUCCAGGUUUGUGGUGUUCAGGAGCCAAUUUGUUCAGAAGCCAAGCUGUUCAAGUACCAAGGUACCACUGUAUAUCAUAAAACACAACCACAAAAUAAUAGCAAAUGGUUGUGUGUAUCUGCAAGGCAUCUGGAAUGGCUUCUGGUUUGUGUUUUUAGAAAUGAACACUUACUGGAUUUAGAACCGGCAUUUAUUCCAAUGACAGUGUCUGUGGUUAGUGCUGUGGGAUUAUGUGUUGCACAGUUUUACCACUGGCACAGGCAAUUUCUCUUGGAUUGUUUUCGUGAAUAUCAUGGCUCAAGCAUGCACAAUCUGUUAUAUUUCAAUUGAUACUUUCAAAAAUUGGAAUGGAAACUCAUGAAAGCUGCAAACUUACACUGGUGAGAUCUCUGCUGAGAACUAGUUCCUUGGCUCACAUUCUAUAGCAAAAAUUGGCCAUCCUGGUACAUUUUAGUAUCACAACUGGUGAGCACUGGACUGUUGUUCAUGGUGCAGAUCUUACAAGGUAUCACAAAACCUAAAGUGCAGUUGGGGUACAUGUUCAUCAUGGGUUAAAAAGCCCAUAUUUUGCUGUCACUGCAAAGCUCUUAUGGAGUUCCUGAAAUUUAAGGCCAAACUAGAUGUAAUGUGAGCAAUUGCCUGUGUCUUUUAUUAUGCUAGCUAGCGGGUCUAGGAUGUGUUUACUAGCCAUGAUGGCUGUACCCUAACACCACUUUAAGAAGCAUUAUGCCUCUGAAUGCCAAUUGCUGUGAAUCACAGGUGGGCAGAAUACUGCUGUUCUCAUGUCCUGCUUGCCAUAUGCCUCUGAUUGGCCACUAUGAGAACAGGAUGCUAGACUGGAUGGGUCUUUAACCUGAUCCCGCAGGUCUCUUCUUAUUUUCUGUUAUAACACUUUUUCCUUAUGCCCUUUCCCCAAGAUAAACCAUGCCUGCUUUGAGGUAGGGAGACAGCGGCACUAUCUGCAUGUAGGAUAAUACUGCUUUGUUGAUCACUUGGGAGGUGAGAGAAAGGAAAGGGGCUUACAGAAUCAAUCUGCGCCCUCUUUUUCCCCUGCCCUCACCCCCAUAUCCCACCCUUGUUAGGCUCAGUGUCUUUUCAAAACAAACACAAUUUGUGUGUCUGUAUUUUCCUCCCAUUUCAGGGGAAAGCUUUCAACAAGCAAUUCUAGAACGACCCAAAGUAAAAGAACUAACACCCAUUCGGAACAACUUGGCUCCCAUACUAAACCACUGUGUUCAGAAAGGUAAGAGUAUUAUCUAUGUGUAAUCUGUAAAAAAUGAUGGUUUACUGGCCACUUCCUCAUCCCCCGCCCCCCAAAAAUGCUUAAUCCAGAUCAUCUAAAAAAUAUGCUGCAAAGCUUUAUGUCAGGUGUCGGGAAGCUUUGGCCUUCCAGAUGUUGUUGAACUGUGACUCCCAUUAUCCCUGACUAUUGGCCACGCUUGCUGGAGCUGAUGGUGCAAUGGCGCAACAUCACUUUUUCCCCCUGGCGCCGUUGGGCCCACCCUCACUUAAAUAUAGUGCACCCACCUCACAGAACACCAAUUACCCAAAUUCCUACAAACUACCCCAGAUUAUCCUAUGGGGGACUUGUGUGAGGAAAAACUUAAUAAUUUGGAGUCUCAGGCAGGAUUUGAUCAAAUAAACAAGAAAGAUUUUAUUAAACAAAGGAAGUUUAUGACACAAUGUGGGUAAAACAUAGGAUACUUCAGAUUAUACUGUUAUUUCACUUCAGUUCUUCCUCAGUUGUUGCACAGUUGUUGCCUCUUAAUACAUUGGUUCUUAAACAAGGUGGUACUUCCUGUCAGUUACACACCCCUUUUACAACCCUACUCCUGAGGUACUCCAAGUAACAGACCCAAGGGAUCACCACACCCCUCUUAACUGGUUUGGGAGAAUCUAUCCCCUCCUGACUGGAAUGAGUCCUAAGUAGACUGUAUCCUCACAGCUUCUACUUCUCCUGGCUCAGCCUCAGCCUCCCAGUUAAUUCCUGGCCUAUUACUCUCACAGGACACCACACACUGUCCUUCACACUAAGCUCAGAGACUCCUUUCUCUAGCUUUUGAUAUAUUCCUCAGUGUGGAUGUUUCUACAGUACCCAGAACCAACUCUCUCUCCUCUCACUCCCUAUCUCCCAACCUAUUCUCCCAACCUCUAUCCCAGCCAAAAACUGUUUCUCCAAAUCCUCUCCUUUUCAACUCCCCCUCCUGGAACCCCGGCCAAUCAUAAGCUGCCGUUCAUUAACCAUUUGCUGGCAGGGAAAAAGAAAAAGAAAACACUUGGUGAACCAACCUGCCCAGCAAAAACAAACUUUUCCAUCACGAUGGGAGCUGUAUUUCAGCAACAGCUGGAGGGCCAAAGGUUUCCCAGAACUGCAUUAGGUUGUGACCAUUGCUUAUCCUAUUCUUUAUUUCUUACUAUCAGAGCCAGUACUGUGCACCAAUAAAUUCCUGUUGCAGUGUAGGAAUAGCAGGCUAUACUAUAUUGUAGUACAGUAUAGACCUUGUAAUGUUGAAAGCCUGGGUGGAAAAUGUUCAAAACAAACGUUGGUGUUUUUUUCUGAAUCACUUAAAACUCCUGCAAAGAAAGUGAUUUCUCCAGUAGUUUACCACAAACUCAAUUUCCCCCAGUAGUCAGCAUGUUGCUUCAGUGGUUUACAGUAGCAAGUGGUGAGGCAAAAUAUCAAUUGCCUAGCAGAAGCACUCUAUUUGGAGCACAGUGUUUGCAUGGCUUUUCUGGUGUUUUUAAAAAAAGUUUCCCAAGUUAAUAAUUAUUCUGUUGUACAAACAGGAAUCACAUUUUGAAGCUAUAAUGGGUAACUAUACUGUGAUCUGGAAAAAUAGGCAAUACUAGCUGUCAGAGCAACAUAAUAUAAAAACAGUCAGUCUGAAACCACAUCCCGAUAAGAGCCAAUGCUAUCAACAGUCAUGUGUGACUUGCAUUUUGAUUAGUUGAUUAGAGGAGCUGAGAACCUUUUAAAUUAAGCACGAUGUUAAUUAGUAAAGGCACAUCAAGAUAAAAUUUCUAGCCAUUUCCUACUAUGGAGAAAGGGUUCCUGCCAAGACAGAGAGAAUUUGAAUUAAGUUGAAUUCAGGUUUAAAUGUAUAUUAUAAUAAGAAGUAAACUCCACAAAAAGACAUAGUGGUUUUUUAAAAAAUCGAAAAGAGAAGGGGUGGAAAGCUGUAUAGCUUAGGAGAAAACUUUAAAACCUGAACUUUUUAAUGGUAAAAAUUAAAGAAAAACAAAAUAGAAUGGGUGUAAAAAGUAAAGAGGAACCACUUAAAAAUAGAACUGCAAAAGAGAAGUAUGUUAUUCAGUGUUUGUAACAAGUAGAAUUGGCAUAAAAAGAGAAUAAUGAUGUCUAAAUGUUUCAGGAAAUGAUAUUUCCACAUAUCAUUAUUUGUAUGAAAACCUGUGAUAAUAAGUUCUUGUUGAAAAGUGAGGAGCAGCAAACAGCUGCACUUUUGGAAAAUGCUAUAGUGAGGAUAAAAUCUACUCAGUAGUCUUGGAGGGAAUGGCUCUCAUUGUUUGGAUCCCACAAAGCAAUAGGACAAUGAAAUCCAGAGAAUGAUGGGAUUUGGCUUGUUCAACAGUAAUAACAACACAAACACAUCAUUUAAAGAUGUUAUACACCAGACACCUAGUUUUCAAUAACACCUUGCUGUCUACCACCAGCACAUGGGCCAUAGACUUUGAGGGCCAGUUAUGGGGAAGCCCAAGUAGCUCUGAAACUGAGAUAUGAAGUGUUACCAUGGUCCCAAUCCUGACAACACCAUCUCAGGCUCUUUGAUCAGUAAGGGAGACCUGGGGGCUGUCUAGUUGGCCCAUGGCAGGGCCUUCUUGGUGGCGGUCAUACAGACUUCUUCAAACUCAGCCCUCCAGAUGUUUUUGGCCUACAAGUCCCAUGAUCCCUAGCUAGCAGGAGUAGUGGUCAGGGAUGAUGGGAAUUAUAGUCUCAAAACAUCUGGACCGCUGAGUUUGAGGAAGGCUGUGUUUGAAGAACACCCUCUCUAGUAAGGUGUGUCAGUCUCUCUGAUAAACUUUUAGAAGUUUUAAAACAUUCCUGCUUAUCCAGGCUUUUGAUGACUAAAAAUUCUGCCUCUGGCAUUGCUGAAAUGAAUGUUUAGAAAGUUGUUCUGAACUGUUUUUGAUAAGCUUUAAUUGUAUUAGUACUGACAUGCUUGCUACCUUGGUUUCCUUUUGAGCAGGGGUGCAUAACCUGCAGUCCUUCCGAUUUUUCUGGACUACAGUUCCCAUCAGCCCCAGCCAACAUAGCCAGUGAUCAGGAAUGAUGAGAAGUAUGUCCAACAACAUCUGGAGGGCCACAGGCUGUGCACCCCUGCUUUGGAGGAAGGCCUUGAACACAAAUAAAUAUAUCUCCCCUCCAAAGCUGCUAUUUGCUUUUGGGAUAUUUAGUACCUUUAGCACCAAAGGCAGCAUCCCUUGAAAUGUGGAUAGCCGCUUCAGACUGAGCAUUUUGGUUUUAAUGUUAUAAGGAGAGUAACAGAGACAGAGAGAAUUAAACUUUCCUUUACUUUCCUUCUCCGCUUGCCAUAUUCCUGAAGCUCCUCAGACUUUCCCUGUUGCAACUAUUUACAUACAGUUAAUUGCAUGCAAUUAUUAGUGUCAUGUCUAAUUUGGCUCUGACUUCUGGUGUGAGUGGAGGGAUUUGUUUUGCAAAGAAGCAGAAAAUAAACCAAACUCAAAUGCCUUUCACUCCCCGGUAAAGGAAACUUGCUUAUGUAACUAUAGGCAGAAGUCACGUAAUCUCUCAGUAAUUGCCACACUCAGCAAAUAAAGUGUUCAUUAUUGGCUGCUGUGCAUUUGGUUGGAGAAAAUGAAGAGCCUUGGAAGCAAGAAUAAUUUUAUCUCUGUUAUUAGCUAUAUCAAAAUAAAGCUGGCCAAAUAUUUGUAAUAUUGGUUUUGUUGUUGUUGUUUUUUAAAAAAGGAUAUCCAUUGCAAAACAAUUAAUGUAUAGACUGAACAACAGCAGCAGCCAAUGGAGUACUCGUAAAACAUAAUUGGGAUAUUAGAAGAAGUUUAAGGAAAUAAGGUUUUAAGUUUAUGGUAUUUAUUAAAUUUGUAUUUAAAUUUGUAUCACCCGAAAAUCACAGGCAGUUCACAACAUCAAUUUACAAAAUACAAACACAAAAUACAUAACAAAACAAACAAACUAAAGCAAACCAAGCCCCUCACGCCUGAUCUCACAAGCACAUUUAAAAGGCCAUGGAUUGUUCAAUCAUUCAAAGGCCUGGCUAUAGAGAAACGCUUUUGCCUGGUGCCUAAAGAUGUGUAAUGAAGGCUCCAGGAGAAGCUCCCUAGGGAGAGCAUUCCACAAACAGGGAGCCAUCACAGAACAGGGAUGAAUUCAGUUUUGUUGUGACAUUCUAAGUGAGACUACAGAUAGAGAAUUAUAAGGGGAUGUCAGACACACCUACACCUCCACAUAUCAUGAUCUCAAUUCAAAAUCCACGUACUGAGUUGAUAUCUUCAUCAAGCUGUCCAGUACAACUCCAGGGUCUGCUUCUUCAUCACAACCAGUUCAGACCUAAUUAGCAUAUAUGCAUAAUUAGGGGUGAGGUUGCCUUAGUGGUUUGCAAGAGGCAAGUACCCAGUCUGCCCAUGGAAAGCAAGAACAGUUGACGUGUUAAGUGUGCAUAGUACAACAGUUAGACAGAGAAGCAGAAUGCCAGUAUUACGAUGGUGCAUCUUAAAGCAGUUAUGAGCGAGUCAUACAUACAUAUUGCCUGCAGCAUAGCCCACUAGAGUGCACUAAAAAAUAUACACCUGACAAGCUGCAUUAUCUCUUGGUUUGUUCUCUCACUUUUCCCUCUUUGCUUUCUUCCAGCCCAGCUACCACCCAGCCAAGCUUCUCAGGGUGUCAAGGAGACAAAGUCAUUGUCUUUAAACUCCUUACGGACUGGCGCCUCUGUUCUCCCACCAGCACUUACCACAAAAUCCCCCAAAGCAGGACUCUCUCAGAGUAAUUUGCUGUACUCUUUCUUACCAGUGCUGUCAGCAGAGCCUCUCCGAACAAGCCGAGUCCUGCCUGCCAUUCCAAGCCAGAAGGAACCCAGCCUUGCGGAAGCACUUAACCAAUCGCACUGCAAACCAAACAGCGACAAUUAG